GGAGCUGCAAAGCCAAGGGAAGCGAGUGCGAGGCAAGAGGCUAUACCAGGCCAGCCAGGAAUGAGAUUUCAAAACAUUUCCUCCUCCUUCCAGAAAUGUGAUCGCCGUUUUCUUUGGGCAACGGGGAGGUGUGGCGGAGCAUCCUUAGGCCACAGAAGGUGAAGCCACCACGUGGGACGCGUGGCGGUUCUGCCAGCCUGAUGAUGAUGGCACACUUCGUGGCGUGAGCCCUGGGGGAGGGGGAGAGAAAGAGAGAUCGGCUGGAUCUCGAGGAGGGAGAGAGCCACCAAAGAGGGGGGAGGAAGCCCCUGAAGAGAGCCUCCCCCCUCCCCUCAGCAAGCACCCACUUCUACAGCUGCUAAGGAUGGAGGAUCUUUCCCCACCAAGCGGGGAGGUGAUGUAAGUCCAACCCUCCCCACACCCUUAACCUCGCCGCCUCCCUGCAAGAAUAACCGGGGGAGGGGGGUGUCGGGGGAAGGGGGGAGGGCGGGGGGAGGUGGUUGCAUAAGGGGCGGGGGGGAGAGCAUCCGUGGGGGCAGCCAGGUGGUGGUGCCUCCCCACCAACGCGCUUUCCCACCGCUGCGUCCUCCUGGGGGAGAGGAUGAUGAUGAUGAUGACGAGGCUGUUCCCGGGAGAGAGGGGAGAAGGUCCUCCUCCCCUAACUCUGGGGUGGGGGCAUCGCAGGACAGCCCGCUCAGCUGGGGGCUCCGGGGCCUCGGCCCAGCGCCUGGCCGGCGGAGGCGCUUCCUUCCUUAAACAGACAAGAUCGCCUUCCUGGAGCCAGGCUCGCUCCAUCCCAGUUAUUUGUGCGAUGCUUGCCCCCCCCCCCCCAGCAUCUAACUGUAUGGCGAGCCUCCAGCACUCCGUGCCCUAGAUCUGCCCCUUUUGAUCUCCCCACCUCCCUAUCUGCUUCGCUUGCAUGCUGCCCCCUUGCAGCUCUGCUCCCCGCACUCUUAGCUAUUCCUCAGAUCUGCUGACCAACCGCCCCAUCGUCCCCAAGUGCCUGCUGCCCCCUUAACUUAGGAUUCUACUUUCCGCCCCCCAUCAAGCCCAUUCUUUCCCCCUUCUCCUCGUCUAACUGCAGGCCAGGCGCUGCUCUCCCUCAACACCCAUUUUCCACCGGGAAUCAUAGAUUUGCAAGUUAGAAGGGACCCAGGGGAGUUUAAACAUGCUGCCCCCUGGCCCAAUUCCACAUUGUCCCCUCUCUGGGUUUUCUUCCCAGCUGGUAUACCCCACCUGGCCAAGUCUUGUUCCGGUUGCUUAGUAUCCCCCUGAUAAACUGCACCCGCUCCCUUUAAUAGGAAGCUGCCUUAUACUAAGUCAGUAUUGUCUACACUGACGGGCAGGAUUGAACCUGGGACCUUCUGCAUGCAAGGCAGAUCCUCUCCCACUGAGCUACAGCCCUUUUCCCUGACUCUCCCGUGUUCCUUACCUUCCACCCCGACUUCAUUUGCAUUUCCUGCUCCUUGGGAUCUGUGCUGCACCACAACCUAACUGCAUUCUGGCCUCAGUGCCCCCCUGGCUGCCCUAAUCUCCUGCCAAGAAUUAGGAAUUAGGCUCCCACAUUCACAUUGUAUUUGCUGGACAGCUGUUUUCAUUUCCUUCGCUGCUCACCUGUGCAUACCACCUUGGAUCAGGGCCUCCUCCAUUCACCUGCCCCUACUUUCCAUACCUGGGUAUGUUUUUUCUUCCUCUCCCCCCACCAUUCAAAUCAAAUUGCAUUCCCAGUGACUCCCACCAACAAUGCUGUAUGCUGGUUACUAUCCCGCUGUGUCCCAUAAACUUACCCUAGACUUGCUCCCUUCUCCCUUCCCUUACCCUAGACUUGCUCCCUUCUCAUCUAAUUGCUUGCUAUUCUCCUCGUCCCAGAGAUUUGUAGCACUAUUCCAGUCCCAUCGGACUUCAGGGAGCAUGCUACCCCCCCCCCCAAAAAAAUCCAUGCAAUUGCAUGAUGGAUAUCCUGUUUGGUUGCUUCCAUUUUUCCCUAUCCUGCUGAUUCACCCCACUCCCAGGAACUUAUUUCAGUUCUUCCAUUUUUUAAAAAAAUAUUGACCCUAAGCAUAUUCUCUACCUCUGCCUAAUGAAAUUGUGCAAAGCUGGGUUUGGGGCUCACCCUUUGGAAUUUGAUUUAUGAAGCAAUAAUAACAGAGAAGAAUGCCUCUGAGUACAUACAGAGUACAUAUGCCCCACCAGUGAGUAGCCACUGCUUGUCCCUACGUAUUGAGGGUGAUGGAACUUAGCCCCAGCCAACCAUCCUUCUGGGUCUGCGAUAAACAGGCCCCUCUGUUGUUUUCCUGUGGUUUUGCAUCUGUUCCUUAAUCAUAUGUAUUGUUGAGCAUUGGUAAUAUUGCCUUGUAACAGGAAAGGUGGGAGGACUGAGCUGGUGUGCUUGAGGACUGAGUGUUUUGUCUCUGAAUCCUUCAUCCCUGUGUUCUCCCAUUCCCCGCCACCCAGCUCCCGAAACAUCAGACUUCUGCGAUCCCUUUCGCCCACACCAUGGUCCCUUGCCAGGGUUUAAUGCCAGUGCCCCGAUCUCAAGAGGUGACCUUAAUUAUAUCCUUCCCUGGGUGGGAAGGCAGGAUGCAAAUUUAACAAAUAAAAGGGUGUAGCAUUUAAUAAAUAGUGGUGCUAAAUUAUGUUUCCUACUCUGUUGCUCUUAAGCAGCAAUCUGACGGGGCACAAUCUGCUGGGGAUUUCUCCAAUGCAGCCCCCCCAUUGAAAUGAAUGGGAUCUACACAAUACAAUCCUCUGGAUUAUCUUUUCAGUGCUGGGUCUGUGCAACAUGUAAAGUAAUAGAUGAGAAUGCCUUUGCACAUGUGCAGAGGGCUCAUGGUAGGCCCUCCAUGCAUGAGCAGUCAGAGGGAGUCGGGACCGACUCUGAGGUUGCAGCGCUCAUCUCGCUUUACUGGCCGAGGGAGCCGGCGUACAGCUUCCGAGUCAUGUGGCCAGCAUGACAAAGCCGCUUCUGGCGAACCAGAGCAGCGCACGGAAACGCCGUUUACCUUCCCGCCAGAGCGGUACCUAUUUAUCUACUUGCACUUUGACAUGCUUUCGAACUGCUAGGUUGGCAGGAGCUGGGACUGAGCAAUGGGAGCUCACCCUGUUGCGGGGAUUCAAACCACCGACCUUCUGAUCGGCAAGUCCUAGGCUUUGUGGUUUAACCCACAGCGCCACCUGCGUCCCUAGAGGGAGGCAUAACUGCCUCCUAAACUUUCAACAUUUUCAUUUUUUCUGUCUUAUAUUUGAAUGAAUUCUUAAACAUUCAUUGCCUGCCCCAGCUGUGGUCUGAGGCGACUAGUGAGGUCUCUGGAGCAUUUUCACAUUGUCCCUGAUUAUUAUUAAUUAUUAUUUAUUGAAUUUAUAUACCGCCCUAUGCCCAGAGGUCUCAGGGCGGUUCACAAAAUAAAAUCAAAAUAGAAAACCUCAAAAUACAUAAUCAAAAUAACAACCACAACCCAAUAACACCCCCCCCAAAAAAAACCACCCAACAUUUUAAAAGGGCAUAGGAUGUCAAUCAAAUCAACCAAAGGCCUGGUUAAAAAGGAAUGUUUUUGCCUGGUGCUUAAAGGUGUAUAUAAUGAAGGCGCCAGGCAAACUUCCCUGGAGAGAGAAUUCCACAGACAGGGAGCCACUGCAGAGAAGGCUCAUUCUCAUGUUGCCACCCUCCGGACCUCUCAAGGAGGAGGCACAUGAAGAAGGGCCUCAGAAGAUGGUCUCAGGGUCUGGGUCGAUUUCUUAAGCAAUCACCCAUAGCUGAGUAGGUUCACAUGGAAAGAGCCAGGUCUUGAGCUACUGCGGUCCUGAGCCAUUUAAGCAUUUAUAGGUCAAAACCAGCACUUUGAAUUGGGCCUGGAGACUAAUUGGUAGCCAGUGCAGUCGGACCAGGAUCAAUGUAAUAUGCCUGAGUUCAUCUGGCACAUUUUGAAGGGUGAAAAAGUAUUUGCUUUAGUGGUUCUUUCCCAUGUUUAAGAGGCGACCUUCUACAGCAGUGCUGUGCUGGAUUUUUUUAAAAUUUCUAAGUGCAGCGUUCUUUCCCCUGCACGCAUUGUGUUCACCUCGUUGAUCAUGGUCACAUAGGGAAAAUGGAGCAUUUAUGGUUUUAACAUGAAAUCCUCUCGAACAUCUUCCCACUUAGUGGCUACUAGUGGGAUCUGCAACAAAAGCUAGUGGGCGCCAGCCAGCCGUGCCCUGCCCUCCUCUGUUCCAGCAUGCGAAGCUGUAAUAGACUCAAGCAGGCCAGUUCCCCUUCCCUUUUCAAUGUUCUGUUUUUCCAUUUCCAGCUGGCAUUCAUCAUUCCAUGGCUCUUGGUUACACAGAGUAUUCCCAGUCCUCAUUAGGCUCUUUGUUGUGUAGCCUUCUUGAGGACAUUUUUCUUUGGGCUACGCUUGUGGUUCCCCCAAACGCCUUGAUAACCUUCCUAUUGUUUAUCAAUGGCCCCAUUAUGGAUCCCUUGCAGUUGGCUGGCAUGGGGGGGGGGGAGAGAGGAGUUUGCUAUCAGAAAAAAGCGACAGGGUGAAGCAGAGGAGAAUAGCAGUCCUCCGUGUAGGAAAGUUUUAAGCAUCUGAGCUGGUUCAUGAAAAGAAGCAGCUGCCUUGCGUGCUUCCAGGCGGUCUCCUCUGGCCUGGCCUGAUCUUCAAACCCGACCUUUGGGCUGUGCCAUCUGUGCACCGAAUCUACAAUGCCAUGCGGAAGAGGAAUUCUCGGCAGCUACCCCAACCGUUAGAGAACUUCAUACGUUAUGCAGCAGCAAAUGCAUAUUUGGGCUGUGUAUGUGUGUGGACAGCUCUGGCCAAUCCAAGACUCCCUUGAAAUGUGAACUUGUGUGGAGCACAUUUCUUGCAUAUCUUUUGUGUAUAGCACCAAGUGCAUGUUUUGUGUGCAUAACACAUGAAAAGAAAGCGAGCAUGGACAGGUCUGUGUGGUUUCUUCCUUCACAUCGUGUAGGAUAAAAAGGUAAAGGGACCCCUGACCAUUAGGUCCAGUUGUGACCAACUGGGGUUGUGGCGCUCAUCUCGCUUUAUUGGCUGAGGGAGCCGGCAUACAGCUUCUGGGUCAUGUGGCCAGCAUGACUAAGCCGCUUCUGGAGAACCAGAGCAGCGCACGGAAACGCCGUUUACCUUCCUGCAGGAGUGGUACCUAUUUAUCUACUUGCACUUUGACGUGCUUUCGAACUGCUAGGUUGGCAGGAGCAGGGACCGAGCAAUGGGAGCUCACCCCGUCACGGGGAUUCGAACCGCCGACCUUCUGAUCGGCAAGUCCUAGGCUCUGUGGUUUAAUCCACAGUGCCACCUGCGUCCCUUAUCGUGCAGGAUACUGACUGCAAAAUGUAGCAUUCUGAGAAGGUUGGCUUCUUCUUCUUCUUCUUCUUCUUCUUCUUCUUCUUCUUCAUCAUCUUCCUCUCUCAUUGUGAAAAUGUGAAGUUUCUAGAUCUUGUGACUGUGUGACUGUCAAUAGAAAGAAUAUGAAGAAAGCUUAGAGAACUUAGUACAUAGAUAGAUAUACUGUGCGUAUACAUAUGAAUGGGGUGUUGUUGUUCAGUGACCAGUACACCUCUUUCAGUCUGGGAAAAGUAACCGCUCUUGAACCCUGGAAAGCCAUGACCCAUCUGGGUAAAUAGUACUGAGUUUACAUAGUCCGCUGGUCUGACUCUGUAUCAUACAACUUCCUGGGUUCCUCUGCCCACCCUGACAAGUCGAAGCAGAAUAAAUUAUGACGAACUGUGCAAAUGUAAUGCAGACAUUCUGUUUUGUGAACUUUUAUUGAAGGCUUCAGAAUCCAGCUUUCCUUGGUCCAGAAUUUUACCCUGCCAGAUUCUUGGGUACAGGACAUCCUGUCUGGGCCAGGAUUAGGGGCUGGUCUACGUGGCCCCAUGGAAUCCUUCCCAGCUCAGUGAUUUUAGGUAACACUGUGUACCAGCUGCUCUUGGAAAACAGUGUCCCUUCUGGCUGUGUUCCUUUCUGAUGGGACUGGAGCUUCUUCCUUCCUUCUACCAGUUACUUGGCUGUGACGAGGAAGAUUUUUGCCUAAUUGCUUUCAAUUCCCUGGCCAUCGUUCUUUUUCCAUUUCGCGGCUGAAACAGCAUUGGGCAGAAGGAGCGGAGCUGAUUCUAGGGAGAGAGAGAGAGGGAACAACGCCAAAAGGCUUCACAGCCUAUAGGUGCCGAUAUGUCACAUUCCCAGGUCCGCUAGAGCACACAGAGCACACAAAGAAAGGUGCCUUAUAGCAGGUUAGAUUAUUUGUCUAUCUAUCUCAGUUUGCCUACACUGACUGGCAGCAGCUCUCCAAGGCCUCUGAUCCCCCAACCUGGCACUCUCCAGCUGUUUUACAUUACAACUCCCAUCAGCCCCAGUUAGCAUGGCUACCAUGGCUGGGACGGAUGGGAGUUGUAGUUGUUUGGGGAGCACCAGAUUACGGAAGGCUGGCCUACACUGGAUGGCCCAGGAGGAAAACAGAAAGACUGAGAAAGGGACCAAGAUAAAAUGAAAUAAAUUAAAAUGUUGCGCUGCCACACAUACCUAUGAAAGUAGAACACUGCCUUAUCCCACGUCAGGCUGCCUAUCUAUUUAGCCUGGUAUCUGCAGACUCUAACAAACUCUGGCAGUGGCUUUCCAGCAUUUCCAGCAAAAGUCUUCUCCAUCAUCUGCUACCUGAUUGUUUUUGCUAGAGGUGUUGGGGAUUGAAGCUGGGGCCUUCUCCAUGUAAGCAGGUGCUGUUAUCCCUGGGGAUGGACAGAUUAGUCUGUUUCUGGCCCAUGCCACUGCUACAUGUGUUCACUCAUAAAUUUGCUUUGUCCCUGAUUCUACAUUGAUGCCUGAUUUGUGUGGGUGGGGUGGAAUAAUCCGCACAUACAAAAAAAUCACAUUUUAAUAUGCGUUUUUAAAACACAUUUCCCCUUGAAACAUGUUUAGAAAUGCAGAUUUUAUCUCAAAAUGAGUAUUUUUUUAAAACACUUUUUUUUGAGCUGAGAACUGCAUCAAAGCAUUUGGAAAAGUGCACAGUGCAGCUCAGAACAGAGCUAUUCAUUAGUCCAAUAGUUGUGGAUCUGGUCAGUCUGUAUCAGGUUUUGCAAACAUUAGAUUCCUCAAGCACCCCUGAACUGUGGUUCUUUCCUUCUUAAUUUAAGACUUGGAACAGCAUCUUGCCUUGCUUUGUUCCUUGUUCUCGUCCCUCCCCCUUUUAAUGUUUGGUCUUCCAGGCAUGGGUGGCGUUCCUCUUUUAUGUUGUUAAUGAUGCAUUUCUAUUCUAUAUAUGUGCGUGGGCUUUUAUUUAAUUGAAUGCAUUUAAAUACUAAUUCUUUUGGUAACCACAAUUCCACACACACACCCCAAACAGAAAAAGGCACGUUAGAGAAUAGGGAAAAAAAUGGAACGUAGAAGGGAAAUAAAUUAUCUGCAACAAGAAAUGGUAUAUAGGGGGAAACCCUUCCAAAAAACCACACCCCAUUCCUCUUUGCUUAUCUGAAUUUCAGUUUUCUUUGCCUGGGAUUGGCUGGGAAAUAUAUCUCCUUAUUAUCAACUCAGCUUGUUAGGCAGGCGAUUGGGCUGGCCGUUGAUUUAAUUUAGAUAUGUUUUGCUUAACGCUUCUGACAGUUCCUUCACCCACCCAUGGGAUUUUGCCCAUGCCAGCAAGGAGGCCAUGUGACAUGCAGGACUCUGGAAAGCCAAUAUAUCUAAGUCCCAUCUUUGCUAGGAAGUUGUUUGACAGCUUUGAGCAAGUCACUUGGACUUAGUUGUCUCUCUCCUCCCCUCUACCUGUCACUUUGUAAAAUGCUCAUAAUAGCAAAUCAUCUCAAGUUGCAUGCACACACCAUACAUUCAAAUUGCUUGGCUUCCCCCAAAUAAUCCUGGGUAGUGUAGCUUGUUAAGGGUGCUAGGAAUUGUAGCUCGGGGGGGGGGAGGGUAAACUCGUGUUCCCAGGAUCCUUUGGGUGGGAACUUUGUUCUUUAACUGUAUGGUGUGUAUGCAGUCAUAAUGAGAGCAGUGGUCUGAUAAACCAUCAGCCUUUUAAUGGAUUAAUAACUUUGCUAGUAGGGAUAGCUAUAUAUAGGUGCUUUUAGAAAUACUGAAAAGAGGUGCAAGAAGUUAUUUGCAAGCCCCCUUUCGUGAUACAAACCCAUCCAAGGCAGUUUUCAAGCAAUGCAAAAAUACAUAAAAUAAAAUAAAAACCCACAGCAAACGAGAGAGAUAGAGAUGAAUCCUUCCUACAGGGAAGUUAGUGGUAGACUGAAUUAAUCAAACAUAGCACUCAUAGCCUUCUUGAUUUUUUAUGUUGUUCAUUUUUAACUCCAAGUAGUUUCCCACUUUUUUAAGCACAUGGGUGACAUUUCUCCCCAUCCCCAUGAGACAGAAAGAAGGUGGUCACAGAAACUGAUUUUUCAAGAGACCUGGGUAAAGGUCAGAUCCCUAGAAUUACCAUAUCUAAUGCUCACCUUUUUUUUGGCCAAAGGACGUUGCGAAAAUUAAGGUGCGCAUUAGAUUCUGUUAAGAUGUGGGUGAACAUAUCAGACGACACAGCGAUUCUUCAAACAGCUCUUGUUUAUUCACAGGCCAGAACAGAACUGAACUGAAGGGUUCAGCCAGCCUGCUUAUAUAGAGCUCCAGUACAACGCAACUGUAACCACUUUCUGUAACUAUCCAAUCACUGAAGAUCACUUUCAAUCCCCUAUUUGCAUAUGUGGACCUGAGUGAAAACUAUCUACAGUAUCCCCCUGCUGGCCCAGGGUGAGAACUUCAGUAAAUAACAGAUUUGAUGGCGCAUUUACAUUCUCCAGCAAAUGCUCUUUUUUUUUUUUUUUGCUUCGAGGUUCUGAAAACUGAUGGCACAUUAGAUUCAAGUAAAUAUGGGGUAAUAAUACCUGUGCAAGCCUCCAAAAGCCCAUACAGCUGAAAGAGGAAGUGGGAAAGAGAGACACUCUCCCAACUUCCUCCUAUGGCUCUACAUACUUUUCAAGGGAGAGGGUUAAAAAAGACAACUGCCCUCAUGGCCAUUUAGGAAAGCUUAGAGGUUAGGCUUUAGGAUAACAACAUGAAAGCAAAACGCAGCCAUCCUGUGGGUUUUGGAAUUGACUUUGGAUUUCUCUCUUUUUAAAAAAUUAUCCUCCUCUCUCUUGUUUCGGAUUGCCAGUUUUUACCAGCCCUGCUCUUCUGCCUCCAGUGCCAGCCCAACAUGGAGGAAUUUAGCAGGAGAAGCUAAACAUCUAAAGUACAGUCGUACCUUGGCUCCUGAAUGCCUUGGUAUUUGGAUGUUUUGGCUCCUGAAUGCCGCAAACCCGGAAGUGACUGUUCCGGUUUGCGAACUAUUUUUGGAAGCCGAACAUCAGAUGGAGCUUCCUGCAGCCAAUCGGAAGCCGUGCUUUGGUUUCCGAACGUUUUGGAAGUCGAACGGUUUUCCGGAACAGAUUCCAUUCAAGAAGUGAGCAUGGCCGCUCAGGAAUAAAUGGGAAGUUGGCAGCCCAGUGUUCACAGUUACCAUGACAGGAUACGUGGCUCCUCCGCUACAGGAUACGUGGCUCCUCCGCUGUGUGAUUCUGGAGCCGCUAGGCCUUGACCCUGUGCUGCAUUUGAGGCCUUCGCUGCUGCCCCUUAUUGCACCCACAGCUCUUUCCGCCAACCCACCCAGCCUGGUGCUCAGCUUGCCCCACUGCUUCAGCAGUCGGAGACCAAGAGGGGACACCCAUCUGCCUGGCUUCUGGCUCAGAAAGGAGUUGAUUUCAUUUAUUGGCUGGUGAUGGAUGAGAACCCUGCACAUCCUCAGAGGCACUUGCUACAGCCAACAUUUGUGGACUGAGCCCUGCCCAAGAAAUCUGCGUUAAACUCCCUAUUUAGCCAGCUCUGACCGCCCCCCACCCUAUGCUGGAGUCCUGAGCUGCUCCCGCUUUCAGUUGUUUCAACACCAUACAUGGUCCAAAAGCUUCCUUGUCAAAAGCAAAAGCUUCCUUGUCAAAAUGUCUCUGGAAAGGGAGAGUCUCUUUCAGCUAUUUUAUUUAAUUUUUGGACGGGCUGUAGCUCCAGAGUCAAGCACAUGAGAAAGGCUCCGGGUUCAGUCCCUGGUACCUCCAGGUAGAAACGGCAAAGACUCCUGCCUGAACCCAGAGAGAGCCAUUGCCAGGCAGUGUAGACAAUGGUGAGCGUCCUUUCCUCCCUGUGGCCAACGAGUUGGGAAGCCUGCAAGCCGGGGAGCUGAGGGCAACAAGCACUCUUCUCGCCUGUGAUUCCCAGCCACUAUCUUCCAAGAAUUUCUCCAUUUCUCUUUUUUAAAGCCUUCCAAGUUGAUGGCCAACACUGCCUCUUGUGGGUGUGAAUUUUGCUUAGCAGUAUGAAGAAGUACAAUUUCACUUUCAUGUCUUUCACUUUCUCCUUUGUUAUCACUACCUUUCUCUCUCAGUAUUCUAUUAUUAUUUCUCUUAAUAUUAUUUCUUACUGUGUUUGGGUAAGGAACGCCCUCCCACCAGAUGUCAAGGAAAUAAACAACUAUCUGACUUUUAGAAGACAUCUAAAGGCAACCCUGUUUAGGGAAGUUUUUAAUGUUUGCUGUUUUAUUGUGGUUUUUAAUAUCCUGUUGGGAGCCGCCCAGAGUGGCUGGGGAGGCCUGGCCAGAUGGGUGGGGUAUAAGUAAUAAAUGAUGAUGAUGAACAGUUUGAAGGACUCUGUGUGAGAUACAGGGAAGGGAAGAUCUCCCAGGGUGAGAGGCUGGGAUGCUCCCAGGUGAGUGCUGGGAGGGUACAUCUUUUUCUGUAUGGGACAAAAGUUAAGGUACUCUUGUGAGAUAAAAUCUUGUAUUCUUUUACGUAUCUCUUGACUUCUUUUUUCCUUUCUGUUAUUCUUCGUGUGGGUUAGCUUGUCUUGUACAGUGGUACCUUGGGUUAAGUACUUAAUUUGUUCCGGAGGUCCGUUCUUAACCUGAAACUGUUCUUAACCUGAAGCACCACUUUAGCUAAUAGGGCCUCCUGCUGCCGCAGCGCCACCGGAGCACGAUUUCUGUUCUCAUCCUGAAGCAAAGUUCUUAACCCGAGAUAAUAUUUCUGGGUUAGCGGAGUCUGUAACCUGAGCGUAUGUAACCUGAGGUACCACUGUAUUGCAUUGUGGAGAAAAUUUAAUAAGAUUUUUUUUUUUAAGUACUCUUUCACAAAAUGCAUGUAGUAGGAUAGCUCAGUUGGUAGAACAUGAGACUGUUAAUCUCAGGGCCCGGGGUUCAAGCCCCACGUUGGGCAAAAAGAUUCCUGCAUUGCAUGGGGUGGGGGUGGAUUAGCACUAGAUGACCCUUGUGGUCCCUUCCAAGUCGACAGUUCUAUGAUUCUAUGAAUGUAGAGCUGCACAGAAAGAGGCUUCUGUUUUGGCCUUUAGUGAUACAGGUCGUCUCAGGUUCAGCCCCCAGUAUUUCUUGGUAGUGAAAGACCCCUGCUUGAAAUCCUUGAGAGCCAACUGUCAGUCAUUGUAAAUAAACAGUAGCACGGUUAGGUGACCUGAUUUGGUAUCAGCAGUUUUCUAUCUUCCUUAUCUGCCUAAUAGUAAGUACAGAGCCGGUAGCUGGUAACUACUCCAGAUUUUGUUUCUCAUCAGACGAGGGGGUGUUCUUGUAAAUGUGGCGGAAGAUUCAUUCAUUCACUCAUUGCAAAAAUGCCCCAGCCUUUUCUGUUUUUUUCCUGAAUGGCGCCUGCAGCCUCGUUUUUCUAACAAAUACACCCACACCAUCCACCUUAAAUACGCUGUUACGCCGUCCAAGUUGCUGCAACACAAUUUGGACUCCCACCUUUUCCCUGCGUUUGGUGCUUUUUCCAAAUCUGAUACCAGAUUUCCCUUUCUUUGCUGUUGAGAGCUUUUUCCUCUCUUUUUAAAAAAAUCCUGUCUGCGUGGUGUUUUGUUUUCCCAGUUUGUGGCUAUGACUGUUAAGUUCCGUGUUGUAUGAGCUCGCCAUCUGUGUGUUGGGUUGAUUGAUCCACCUUCUCCCUCAGCGUCUGAUAGCUGAGAAGUCUCACUCAGUGGUUAUGUCACAGAUUUCCCUUUUCACUUUAGCAGGGAGGCAUUCAAAACAGACGGUGAAGGAAUAUGUGUGUGUCUUUCUAUAAGGAAGUGUACAGAGGCAGCUGCAUCAUGAAAUGGGGCAAAAUGGCUGCCUUGGGUAUCAGCUGUUGGGGUGCUGCUAAAGGAAGGGCGGGGAAUCCUUUUCAACCUGAGGGCCACAGUUUCACAGAGGCAAGCUUCUGGGGGCCACAUCCCUAAGGUAGGUGGGGCCAGAGGCAAAAAGGGGUGGGGCCAUGGGUGUGACUUACCUUUGUGUAGUUGGCUACAUUCCAGCCAUGCAAAAUCCAGAGCUACACACACACACACACACACAAUCUCCAUCCAGGAAAGCAAAAGCCAUUCUUAAAACCCAAGGACGCUUAGCUCUGUUUCUUCCUUGUUUUGUUUCAUUUACGUAAUUUACUGGCAGCCAUGCACCUGGUGUUGCUUGGGAAAUCUAAGCCCCCUUCCGCCAAAUCAGUGCUGUUUUGAAAUCUGUGGUUGAAAUCAGUGCAUUUUUGAAAGGUUCAGUCCGCCAUCUUGAUUCAAAAUGGCUUCCAAUUGUAUCCAAAAGCCUGCUCCUUGUUCUGAGGAACCAACAUGCGAAAUUUGGUUGCGAUAUCUUGAGAGAUGUACAAAUGCAUAGCAGACAACUGAUCAAAAUCUAUAUUAUAUUAUAUUAUAUUAUAUUAUAUUAUAUUAUAUUAUAUUUAUUAUAUUAUAUUAUAUUAUAUUAUAUUAUAUUAUAUUAUAAUAAUUUGUCUUUAUCCUCCUGUAUUCCAGGUGAAAACUGUCCCCCCAGAGCACUUCACAACAGUUAAAGCCAGCUCUCAGUGCCACUGGCAGAUGCUGUACAAUGUGCAUUAAUGAAAAUAAGACACAGGCUUCCAAACUAUUUUUGAAAAAAUAAACAUUCCCAGACAAAGGGGAGGAAAAAGCUUAGAAGAAGGAGCCAUGCUGUGCUGUGUCUCACUCCUGUUUCUUGCCAUCUCCCAUAGCUGGAGUUUGCCAGGCACUGGCGUUUCCUGCUAAACGCCCGUCUGUCCCUGAUUGUGCCAUGGACUCCAUGUUUGAAGAUGACAUCAGCAUCCUUACCCAAGAUGCUUUGGUCCAGGAGGACGACUGGCUGGACAGCCCCAAUACCGACCUCUCCAGCGAGAUGUGCUCUGCCUCCCACUUUGCUCUCAUCACAGCCUACGAUGACAUCAAGAACCGCCUGACAGGACUGGAGCGGGAGAAUGCUAGCCUCAAGCGGAAACUGAAGAUGUAUGAGAUUAAGGUGAGUGGCGGUUUGUAGAUGCCUUUGCUCCUGUUUGGUUUCCUGGUGAUCUGUUAAUGGUUCGAUGGGUCAAACCCAGUAGGUAGCACAAGUGGCUGAUAUUUUAAAUAAAUAAAUUAGAUUACAUUAGCCUCCUCUGCUCCCAGUCCUUUAUAAUUUUCCAGAGAAGUGCUGCUCUUGAUGCUCAAAAUGGGAGAACUAAGGGGGAGCAGGGCCUUUUGGAUAGCAGCCCCCAAACACCAGAAUACCCUGCCAAAGGAAGUCCUGGUCUUUGCUCAACUUCAUGUUUAAAUAUGUUUGAUGGGCAUUUUCUUUGAAAUUGAUGACCAAGGACUUCGAGACUGCAAUCCAGUAAACAUGUACUUGGGAGCAAGUCCCACUGAAGUCUUACUUCUGAGUAGGCAUGUAAAGCUUUCCUGCUGCAAAAAAAAUAAAAAAAAUGCAACACCUUUAUGGCUGGUUUUGAUAGUCAUUGUACAUCACCAACUUGUUUUUAUCAGUCUUCUGUUCAAUGCUCCAGUGUGGCACCGUGGUUAGAGUGUUGGAUUACAGUCAGACAGAUCUGGGUUCAAAUCACCCCCUUGGUCACGAAACUUUCUGAGUUGACCUUGCAUCAGUCAUCCCCUCAGCCGAAUCUUAUCUCACAGGGUAGUUGUGAAGAUGCUUUUUUAAAAGGUGUUGUUGUUUUUAAUUUGGUAUCUUGAUUCAUUUAUUUUAGUAGUGCUGUUGUUCCUUAUGUUUUUACUGUUGAUUUUAAUGCUGUUGCUGUUUUUAUUGUUUAGGUCUGUUGUACAUUGUUUUUUUGGGGGGGAUUUAAUUGCAGAAAGGUGGCAUAAAAAUAUUAAAACAAAUUUAACAUUAGAGGGGACAAAGGCCAUGCAUGCUGCUUCAAGUUCACUGGAGAAAAGGUGGGAUAGGAAUAGAAUAAAUAAAUAAAAUUAACAGCUCCUGUUAUGAAAACCAGUGUGGUGUAGGGGUUAGUAUGUCAGGGAGACCAGGGUUCAAAUCCCCACUCAGUCACGAAGCUGAGUGUGAGAAUGAGAUAAUAUUGUGUGUGUUUAUAUAUAGAUAUCUAUUGAAUUAAUUGCUGGUUUUAUAUUUUAAAAUUUGCUAUUGCGCCUGAGGUUUAGGCUGUGGCCUAUGAAAUGUUGUGCCACUACACGUCACUUUGUCUUUAACACUAACCCAUGUUAUAUAAAACCUGUACAGUCGUACCUUGGUUUUCAAACAGCUUCGUUCUCAAACGUUUUUGCUCCCGAAUGAUCGAAAUCCAUAAGUUUUUGAACGUUCUUUUGGAAGCUGAACGUCUGACGAGGCUUCCAUGGCUUCCGAUUGGCUGCAGGAGCUUCCUGCAGCCAAUCAGAAGCUGCGCUUUGGUUUUCCAAUGUUUUGGAAGUUGAAUGGACUUCCAGAACGGCUUCUGUUUGACUUCCAAGGUACGACUGGACUUUAAAUGCUUCAUACUGCUUUAUUAUUGUUCCCCACUUUGCCUUCUUUCCCCAAUAUUUCUGCAAUGUGCAUUUUCUUUUUUUAAGAGAGUAAAUGCUUGGUGUUUUUUCCCUUGUGCUCCUGGCCCGCAGUUCCCACUGAUUAGCGAGUUUGGAGAGGAGCGCAUCUUCCCAGCCUACGACUCCAAGGAGGCCUCUCUUCUGAAAAGCGAGAAAGCCAACCUCCAGCAGCAGCUAAAUCAAUUCCAGCGCGAGGUGAGCAGGGCUUCCCGACAUGCUUGGAAAGGAGCUUUUAAAGAGCGAAAGCCAUCUUGGCUCGUGGGUUUUUGUGUUAUUGUGUGUAAUAGGUAAGGCGUACGGGACGAUUGCCUCGUGGAUUGCGGCACGUUGCUCAAGAACAUGUGCCUGCAAAUUUAGUUAUUAAAUUCCUUUUGCCAGCUCGGUACCCCAACGAAAUCACAGGCAAGGGCACAGUACUAUAUUAAGAGCCGCAGAAAAUACUGAAAGGCAUACAGCAGUGACAACGAUGUAUUUAUAAGAAGAGGCAACUUUUUAUUUCAAGUGUACGUUUCAACAGGGUUUACAAAGAUCCAUAAUAGCACAAGAAUUGUUUUAAAGAGUGCUCUAAGCAGCUGGCAAAUAUGAUUACACUUGGAUCUCAGCAAGGCUUACAAAAAAACCAUUAUUAUUAUUAUUAUUAUUAUUAUUAUUAUUAUUAUUAUUGAUAAUGCUCUAAGCAGCUGAUGACAGGCUUCCAGAUAGCAUCCUGUCUGAGAAAGUCUUCUCCAGAUGAUAACACCUGAAGUUCUCACAAAUGGGAGGACUUCAGGAAUGGCUGUCUCUCCAAAGAAGUUACUCGAUUCCAAUGCAAGGGUCCAAAAUUUUGGGCAGGGUUUUUUCUUUUUCUUUUUUGGUGUUUGCCAGCUUGCUACUCCUGCACAUUCAGCAGCAGUAGUGGCCAGGGAACCCCACCACUCCCCAAAUAAUCUUACUUUCAUAAACGUGGUGGUGCAAAGUGUGCCAUCUUUGGUCACUGGUUGUCAUGGCCUGGCUAGAUGCAGAGGAGCGCCCACGUAGCAACCCCUGAUGGCACGCACCCCCCCACACACCAUGGAGGGGGGGCAUCCAAGUGGGCGGGGUGUGCCACCCGAGCAAAUGCAUAGCUCCCAGAAGGGAAGCAGCUUGCGUGCGCCAGCCCAACGCUGUUGGAAAAAGCAUUGUGGGAUGCGCCGUCCGGAGGGCGCCCAGGACGAGAGAGGGAAACCUGCAGGCCAGCUCACGCCAGCCGCUCCUCUCCUGGGUGUCCCUUCCAGGUGCCCUACUGGCGGUGCGCCCCAUACUCCUUUUUCCGGCAGCGCUGGGCCAGGAGGGAUGCAACAGCCAGCGUGCCCUGCAGGCUGGCACACACCACGUCCGCGGUGCACCCAGUGCUGUUUUUUCUGGACAGCGCUGGGCCCGCUGGAGGGCGCCCUGCAGCCCGUGGUGCCCUGCCCCCCUUGCCCUUUCCUUCCUCCACUAUUGCAGAGGAGUGGUGGGAGACACCAGCUGGGGAAACCCCCAGGGGAAGAAGGCUCAGAGCCAGGGGAUUGGUGGUGGGACGACAGUGCUUGGUCAGAGGGAGAAGAGGGAGCGUAUUGGGAGGAGGAGGUGUUGGAAGCUGAAGGGGCAACAGGGUUUAGUGAGCAGGAAGAAGCUGGGGCAGAGAGCAGACCAGGCUCAGAGGCAGGAGGGGAGGGGAGCCGGGAGACAGAAAUGAGGCAGGCUGCUGAAUAAUUGAGGGAGUCUCCCCCUCCUGCUGUGACCAGCUCCCCUCUCCCAGAACAUGCAGAGAAGUGAAAAGAGCACAGCAGAGGUUCUGCUACUUGGGAAAGACCCCGGAGAGGACGAGCCUUAGAGUGUGGUGGGAAGGCAGGGACCUGUCAGUCCUCGCAACUGCCUUCUUGGAGCAAGACCUACUGGGAAGAGCUUCUGGGAUCACUAGGCCUGUGCUGUUUUGGUUUCUGGAAUAAAGAGUUUCCACUGACACCAGAUUUUCCUUUGCUUGCUGUGCUACGCUUGACUCCAGCUCCUGGCACUGGUGUGUGGAGGGACUCGCUCCCUCCCCACAUCAGUGGCCCAGGAAGUCUUCCAACCCCAAAGGAAUCAUUAUUUUAGUGGGGCAGCACCUGUCAUGUGGAACUUCCUGCCUGCUGAUGUCCCUACCUUCACUGUACUGUUUUGGAUGCUUGCUAAAAACUCACUUCUUUUUCAGCAAGCCUGUUCCAGCACAUGACUUGGUUUUAUUAGGCUUAUCUUUGCUUUCGGUGAGGACAACUGAAGUUAAGACUGGGGCAAAUGGGGAACUGAAAUUGGCAGUGCUCAGCAACCUUCAGGUCCCAGGUAGCUUGACCACACAGCUCCUAAACGUGCUGCUAUUUCCGCAGCAAACAAGGAGUUUGCUGGAGUGUGUGUGUGUGUGUGAACCAGUGCUGAAGUGAGUAGUUCACACUACAUAUUUCCCAAUGCACCUCUUUAAUUCCACUGCAGUUUCGUGGCAAAGGGGGGAGAACACACUUUACUGUUUCAACUCCCAGAAAUUCCAUAGCACAGAACAGGUCCUAGCAGCAAAGGACAGGCAGGAAGAUAGGGUUUCACAUGUCUCAAAGCACACCUUCAAACUAGGUGAGGCUGGCCUGGUUUGUACGAUCAAGUCCCUGCUUAAUAAGCCACGAUAUGCAUGAGCUGCGUACAUGGAGAUUCUCUGCAGCAGCCUUCCUCCCUCCCCACUUUUGCAUGAGAGACUGAGCAAACCAGGACCCAGCUGUUAGCCAUAGUUUCCCAUUAUGUGCAAACUCAGAAACUAUGGUUAAUGGCUUGCAAACUACAUAUUACCUGCCGUUUUGCAGGUGCACAGAAUGGGUUAAUUUUUGGAUCCUGGCUUGUUCAGCCACUUACACGGUGGGCGGAGCAACGUGGCUGAAAAAGGAUUGCUUGCAGCUGCACACCGCUCAUUCAUAUUUGAUGGACGCUCCUCAAAUGACACAUGUACCUGUCUCUGAAUUCAGUGUGGCUUAUUGCCCCUCUGACUCGUGCUUCAGGUGGGCUGCCUGCUUUGUUUUGUUUUCAACUACCUACACAGUUAUCAGCACAGCUGUUGGUUUGGCACCCACCCCCUCCCAUCCAUAGCCAUUUAAAAAAAAACUUAAAUCUACUCUGAGAAAGGCUGUGUGAGCAUGUGGCUUUAUGAUCGACACAAGGGCCAGCCUAUCAGCUCUGUGCAUUGUAGCCUUGCUCUUGGAAAGUUCGUUUCACGAUUGAUUCCCAGGGCUGGCAGGCCAGGUCUGUGCAGAUCUGAUCCGAGCCAGGUUGCCCGUGAGCUUAAUCUGGGGCAGGAGAUGGUAAUGAAUAUCUAAAAAGGCAACGAGUGUGCUGUCGCCUUGUCUCCAGCCUUAGUGAUCAGGCAGUUCCAGGAUCAUAUGUUGCUUGCUGCUGCUGCUGAGCCAUGAUUUCCGCCUUUUUUCUUCCCCUCCACCCCCGCCCACCAGCUGCAGAAAAGCAAGGAGAGGGAAGAACAGCUGGGUGAGAUGAUCCAAGCCUAUGAGAAGCUGUGUGUGGAGAAGACUGACCUUGAGUCGGAGCUGGGGCAGAUGGUGGGUUUCAUUUAGCAUUCUGGCCGGAUGCGAGGCAUGCUGUAAGCCUCCUUUGCAUGUACCUGUUUGCAUGACGUGUCUGUAAAAUGAGAUGGGGCUCAUGUUUUGUAGCUGUUCUGGCUUGCAGCACAGCUUUGCUGCUGCUGCUGCUGCUGCUGCUGCACACUUCUGUUUUGAAACGAAGAUUUGGAGAAUCUGCAAGAUGUCCAACCCGAUGAGUUCAGUUUCUGAACUUUUUCUCAUUUCAGUUGUUCUGGCAUCAGGUGGCAGGUUUCAUGGGCAGUAAGAAAGGCUUUUGCUUUGUCUGAUUUUAUGAUAAGUUUUUAAUUUGUGUUUUCCCUCUCCCCAUAAAACAAUCUGCCACGAUUCUUAAGAAUGGAGUGGUAGAAGACUGAAAAAAUAAAAAUGUUGACUUUGGGUCACAUUAAUCAUCCAUUUGGACUCGACUCUUAUGCUCCACUUACAGUCAGCCAGAAUUUGCUGGGAAGUUCUAGGAGAGGCAUGGUCUUUUCACAGGAAUGAUCAGGGAAUUUAGGAAGAUAAGUUGCCUACCACUAAACCACUGAGCCUAUUGGGCUUGCUGAUCAGAAGGUCGGCAGUUUGAAUCCCUGAGACGGAGUGAGCUCCCGUUGCUCUAUCCCAGCUCCUGCCAACCUAGCAGUUCAAAAGCACACCAGUGCAAGUAGAUAAAUAAGUACCGCUGUGGUGAGAAGGUAAACGACGUUUCCAUGUGCUUUGGUUUCCAUCACUGUGUCCCGUUGCACCAGAAGUGGUUUCGUCAUGCUGGCCACAUGACCCGGAAAGCUGCCUGUGGACAAAUGCCAGCCCCUUCAACCUGAAAGCGAGAUGAGCGCUGCAACCCCAUAGUCGCCUUUGACUGGACUUAACCGUCCAGGGGUCCUUUACCUUUUACAUACACUGGCAGUGGUGCUGCAGGGUACCAGAUCAGGAGUCUCUUUCACCUCUACUUGGAGAAGCUGGGGAUUGAACCUGCGGCCUUCUGCAUGCAGUUCAGAUGCCACUGAGCUACAGGCCAUGCAGUAGAUUUGUCCUGAAAGAAGGCAUAUACCCUAUUUUUCUGUGUAUAAGACUAUGUUUUUUGCCUAAAAAUGAUGUCAAAAAUUAGGGGGCAUCUUAUACACGGAUAGUGCCAAGGGUGGACUGGCGAUUGGUUCUUGCCCCCAAAAUAGGGGGCGUCUUAUACAUGGGGGCGUCUUAUAGACAGAAAAAUACGGUACGUUUUUGAAACAGAUUUUCAGCUUCUGCAAGUAAGUCCUUAUGCAGUGCUUGAGCUUCAGGCUAUUGUUGCUUCCAAGCACAAAAAACAAACAAACAGCUAAUUUCCUUAUCCUCACGGCAAUUUGUUAUUUGUGAAAGUGCUCUAGCAAAGGACAUAACAGUUUCCCUUCCUGGGUCACAAUCAUCUAACUUCUGGAAGCUCACUAGUAGGUGAGGUAGCCAUCCCGGGUUAUUUGUCCUAUCGUGUAUUGAUCAAGGCAAACUGCCUCUGGAUAAGGAAGUCCAAUCAAUGUUUGCCAUUCUUGGCUAAUACCCAGGAAGGUGUCUAGUUUAAAAGGCUCUCUACAGUAGUAAAGGUUAAGAAGACAAAAGGCAGAAUAGGGAGGGGAAAUUGAAAAUGAGAAUAGGGAGGGGAAAUUGAAAUUGAAGCUUGCUUUUAAAAAGUGAGCAAGAAGAAUAAUAAUAGGAAAAUGAGGUUUGAGAACUAGAGUCAGGGUAAAACAAAAAGUGAAUCUUGUUUAACAGCAUAAAUGGAGAAGAAAGAGACAGAGGAGGCAAGCAGGUAGAAUAGCAAGAUAAGAGAAUUAGGGUUUUCCCCCCCUUUGAUCUGAUCAGCUAAGCUGUGGGAGAGCCAGUUAGUUGGUUCAGGGUGCCAAAAGGAAGGAGAAGCUGAUGGCGAUCAAAGCAGAAUUGGGUGUGAAGAUUCCUUUUUCAUCAGUUGGCUUAGUGGCAGCUCAUUGUCAAGACUUCUGUGCACCAAAGUUAAAGAUGCCUUCUUCUUCUUUGUCCUCUUUGUCUUCUUCUUUUUCUCUUUCUCCAUUCCGGCCUUGUUCCUCUACAGAGAGCUCUGGUUGAGACACAUCUGAAUCGUAUUCGAAGCUUAGAGCAGCAGUUGAGGCAGAGAGAUGGCGGCUCAUUCCAGAAUCUCAACUCUCAGCUGCAAAAUCAAGAAGUCCAGUAUCUGUCGCUUCAUGGGAGCCAUGGUGAUUUAAAAAUAAUAAUAAUUCUUGUCCCUUGUAGUCACCUCUGUACUCUUCUCAGUUCUGAAAUUUGACAGGAGAUUUGUGUCUUAUAUUGCCUGAAUUGGGAGGGAGGGUUGCAACUUCAACUCUGAAGGAAAGCUGAUGAUGUGGUGUGUCUACUUACUAAAAUCAUGGACUCGGGAUAUCUCGGAUUCAGAUUUCACCUCAGCCGUGAAUUGACCAGCUUGCUUUAGGCUGAAUUUUGUUCCUCAGCUGCAGCUGCUCAUAUGCAAAAUGGGUAAUAAACAGCCAUAAUUAAGGUCACGGUAUUUUAUUUCCAGGGUAGGCUUUUAAAUUUCGUUUGUCAGAACUGAACCACUCAACUGCAGCUUGUCUCAGAGUUACUAAGGCCUGAGAGUCCUCCAGAAGUACAACUCCCAUUGGCAUCAGCCACCAUAAUCAGUGGUCAAGGAUGAUGGGAGUUGUAGUCCCAAGGACAUUGUGAUGUUGGCUACGCCUGGUUUAAUUGACCAGUCGAUUUGAUUCAUCAGUUCAGCAGUGUUUAAAUUGAAUAAACAGGUGCUCUCAAGUAAUCAGGUAGCCAGUUAACAAUUUGUCAAAACAUUCAGAUAGGAAGCGUCAUCUUAAAAGAGGGGUUCCUUUUCUCCCCUCGGUGUGAAUGGAAAUGUUUUUGCUACGAUUUUGCUCAUCUAUGUCUAUCAGACAAAAGGAGGCCGGCCUCAGUUGAGUGGUCUAGUUCAAGAGAACCAAAGACAGUUGACAUGGAUGAAGCCAAGCUAGUGGUCAAGGUCUGGAUGGAGGGCAGACCAGAUCCAAUGCGUUGCUCACACUGAGGAGCUGACUUGGAUGUGAGGGCUUGAUGUGGCCUGGUAUGUCUCCAUUGACCUCCAUUGAUCACAGGGUGCCCUUAACUACAGAGGCCCAAAUCUACCUCCAGAAUGCUCUUGUUAAUUGAGGUUUGCUAGGCCCUGUUGCUUUGAUGUUUUUAGGAGGCUAGUAAACGCAUGGUUGUUUAAAAAGGCCUCUGGCUGAAUUUAUUUUUAAAGUAUUUUAAUUUUUUGACUGCUGCCCCCAGGUAUUGUGAAUUAUUAUUAUGUCAGUGUGGUGACCUUUUUAUUUUUUGGUUUGUUAGCUGCCUUGGGUUCCUUUUGUAAGUAGGGCAGGAUAUAAAAUUGUCCAAAUAAACGAUCGGUACGUUGGCCCCUUACACAUCGCGUCAUAAGUGCACUUUUUUCGUCUCAUGAUGACUGUUUUCACUCCUAUGCAAAUUGACGCAGGUUUAAUUGAUUCAUUUAUAUUCCUUGGCUUAGCUAAGAGUCUUAAUAAGAAUACAACAAUUUAUACUGUAAAGAAUAGUCAUGUACAUGCCUACCUGGAAGUAAAUCCCAUUGAACUUGCUUUUGAGUAGUCAUACACAGGAUUUUGCUUUUGGAACAAUAUAUGUUAAGUGUUUUGAAAACUUUAAAAUGUGCUUUAUAAAUGCUAAGUGACAAUAUUAAUAAAUAUUCAAGAAAGGUGGACUACCAUGAAUGUGGAAGGGGAAUCGUGUGAGCCAAUGAUUGUUUUGCACACAGUUCCCUUCCUGGAUCAGAGUGCUAGGAUUGUCCGUUUGUAGGCGUAAACACACACAAUAAAACUAGAUUCCCACUGAUUAACUAUUUCUAAUCAGAGAUAAGUGGCUGGAUGAAUUGCAGACUGCAGUAGCUAGUCCCAGAGUGUCCUGCGGUACAUUUCCAGGGGCCUGGAAAAACAGUCAAUGCAUUUACGCCCAGAGGCAAGAACCUAAUUAAUCAGGCCAGCAUAAUCUAGUUUGUCGAUUCUCUCUCUGUGUGUGUGUUUGUGUAAAUGGGGGAUUUAUUUGUUUUGAGACACAGGCUUUGUUUCUGCCCAGUAGAUGGCACUGUGAUUCUUGUUUUUUUUUGUACAUGAAAUAGCGUAAGUUUUCAAAAGGUUGCAGAAUAAACUUUAGCCCCCCCAAGUAGAGCUUUAAAAUGACUUUCCCACGGUUGGCCAAGGUUGCAAGGUAGUGGUUUUUUUUGUGUGUGUGUGUGAGAGAGAAAAAUUAAUUUAGCAAAGAAAUAAAAACACAGGAAGAAGAAAGAAAUGAAGGAGGAGGACGCACCUUCCAGCAGAUGCAAUAACCAUCAGCACAUCAGCAUUUAAGUUGAUAUAAGCCAUCCCAAUUCCCGGGAAUAUUAUUAUGUAUCUAUUAUUAUGAUGUAUUAUUUAUUGCAUUUAUAUUCCACCUUUUUCUCCAAAGAGUUCAAGGUCAAAUAAUAAUAAUAAUAAAUGAUUUUAUUUAUACCCCACCCUCCCCAGCCAAGACCAGGCUCAGGGCGGCUAACACCCGAUAUAAAAACAAAUUGAUUUAAAUACAACUUAAAAACAAGGUUAAAAUACAACAUUAAAACAUUAAAAUACAGCUUCAUUUCAAUGGAAAACUCAAAUCAAAAACUUUUUGGGGGAUGAAAACGUCAAGUCUUCACCAAAGCUAACUAUCCAGACUGGGUCCUACAUGGGCCAGAAAAAACCCAGGGAAGUCCCCAAAUAGGAGUUCCAUCACAAGAGGAGAAAGAGGGAAAAAGGACAUGGUUCUUCGCCUCCUCAGUUAAUCCUCACAACAACCUUGUGAGGUAGGUUAGGCUGAGAAGCAGGGACUCGCUACCAGCAUCACCCAGUGAGCUUCAUGGUCAAGUGCCUGUUUUUUAUGGGAGAUGUUUUUCAAGAAUAUGAUGCCACAGAACAUUUUAACAUGUGUCAAUUUUUUUUAAAAAAAAUGUCGCUCAAGACUUCCUGCAACUCCUGCUGUGAGGAAUUGUCAACGAAAUGGCCACUUGCGGCAGCUACGUUUGACCACUUUGCAGCCGUGUGGAAAUAUCACUCACCUAAGCUUAGACCUCUUGGCAUUAAGGGGGGGGAAAGAUUUAUAGCCAUUGCAGAACAGUUUAAACACCAAAUUUGUUUUUCCCAAGGGACGGUCAAAGCCAGACUCAUUUUUCUCAGCAUAGCACAGCUUUAUUUUUUUUUAUUUAUUUUUUUAAAAUACAAAUAAAAUAGUCUUUGCAAGACCACCCCAAUCCCAGAAUAAGCAUUUGGAGCAAUGUCUUUAAAAGAAUGAACAGGCCAGGCAUUCAUAACUGGAAAUGAGCUCAUUUUUCCUCAUUGUAACAAUAUUGGGCAAGGAUAACACGAUGAUUUUACCUGUAUUUCUUGCUACUAAGAUUAAUUAGUGAUGCUGCAGCUUUCAUUAAGGUUUGUUUAUUCAUUUGCACUAUUUGUAUGCUGCCCUAUAAUGUCUCUGAGCGUCCUAAAAUAAAGUCAAAAACAGGGAAAAAACAAAUUAAAUACAAAAUAAAACAUGAACCAAUCAAAAGCUAUGUAAAUAUAACAAAGACAAACCUCACUGCACUCCCUAAAGUUAAAACGCAGAUUUAAUAAUUAUAAUACUAAUACUAAUAGUACUACUAAUAAUUUGUUAUUUAUACUCUGCCCAUCUGGCUGGGUUUCCCCAUCCACUCUAGGCAGAUCCCAACAGAAUAUUAAUAAUAAGAAUAAAAAAGCGACAAAAAUCAAAACAGGGCUGCCUUCAGAUGUCUUCUAAAACAACUAUUUUUGUUUAUUUCCUUGACAUCUGAUGGGAGAGCAUUCCACAGGGCAGGUGCCACUACUGAGAAGGCCCUCUGCCUGGUUUCCUGUAACCUCACUUCCCAUAGGGAGGGACCGCCAGAAGGCCCUUGGAGCUGGACCUCAGUGUCCGGGCUGAACGAUGGGGGUUGAGACGCUCCUUCAGGUAUACUGGAGCGGUACAGGUGGUCUAAGCUCUUUAAAAGCCCCGGCUGAACAGAAAAGUCUCCCCUUGACCCUAGCAAGAGCACAAAGAUGGCACUAGGAGAGUCUUCCCAGGAACACAGCUCCAUAACUGGGGUGCCACUCCUAAAAAAAAGCAGUCGCCCACUUCUGUUCAUUUGAUGGGGCCGCUCAGCUGGGCUUCUGAAGAGGCAGGUACGAGAGAGUAGCAGGGUACACACACUAUAAUAGGGUUUUUACUUAUUACUUGCGUUGAGAACUUUCCAAAGGGCAGUAGCUUCACCCUAGAAGCCUGCUCACCCCUCUCCUACACUUUCCCCGUUAACUUAUUUCCUCCCGCAUCACCCACCCAACCCUUGCCUGCCUCUCGUGUUUCCUAGUGCUGGAUUGCUCAAUGAACUGGCAGAGCCCCAGGGGCCUCGAACAGGUGGAGGGGCUGGAGGUGCAGAGGCUGGAAGUAGAGCUGGAGGAGACGAGGCAGGAAGUCCAGAAUUCGCAACACCGGGAAGAGCAGCUGAAGGCCGAGUGCGAGAGACUGCAGGCGGAGGUGAAGCAGCUGCAAGAGACGCGGGCUCAGGUAAAUUUAAAGCCGGUUGGGAGAAUGCGAUGCGGUGUGGAUAUUUGUUGUUGUUGUUGUUUAGUCAUUUAGUCGUGUCCAACUCUUCGUGACCCCAUGGACCAGAGCACGCCAGGCACUCCUGUCUUCUACUGCCUCCCGCAGUUUGGUCAAACUCAUGCUGGUAGCUUCGAGAACACCAUCCAACCAUCUCGUCCUCUGUCGUCCCCUUCUCCUUGUGCCCUCCAGCUUUCCCAACAUCAGGGUCUUUUUCAGGGAGUCUUCUCUUCUCAUGAGGUGGCCCAAGUAUUGGAGCCUCAGCUUCAGGAUCUGUCCUUCCAGUGAGCACUCAGGGCUGAUUUCCUUCAGAAUGGAUAGGUUUGAUCUUCUUGCAGUCCAUGGGACUCUCAAGAAUCUCCUCCAGCACCAUAAUUCAAAAGCACCAGUUCUUCGGCGAUCAGCCUUCUUUAUGGUCCAGCUCUCACCUCCAUACAUCACUAGGUGUGGAUAUAAAGGGUGCAAAUUCUAGAAUGGCCUCCGCGGCUCUGGAGCUGCUUAUUCACAUGGGAGACUGUGGCAAACUAAGAAACAAAAACGUAUUUUGAAAUAUAUACAAGGUGUGACCAUAAAGUUUGAUGAAUGGUCCUGGAAAUCGGACAGCGAGAAAUAUUCGAACAUAUAAUCGCCAUCGGAAACCCACAAAACGCUCACAGUUGUGUACGGCGAUGAAGCUGUAACUCGAAAGACAGUGUGCGAGUGGUUUAAGCGUUUCCGUGAAGGGCGGCAAACCAUCGAAGAUGACCCUCAGUCUGGCAGACCAUCGACGAGCAGAACGGCGGCAAAUGUCGACAGGGUUCGUGAGUUAUUGAUGCGGGAUCAGCGUUUGUCUGUCUGAAUGGUGGCGGAAGAAUUGCAUAUUCUGCGUAAAAUCGUUACUGAGUUGUCCCACCCUCCAUAUUCUCCCGAUCUGGCCCCACCAGAUUUCUUUCUUUUUCCAAAACUGAAAUCUGUACCGAAAGGGCACAGAUUUUCCAACAUUUCACACGUCCAAGCUGCUGUGACGAGGGAACUGAAAGCAGUACAAAAAGAGGACUUCUCCAGAAGUUUCCAACAGUUCUAUGAACGUUGUCAAUGGUGCAUUGUAUCAGAGGGGGCCUACUUUGAAGGCCUGUAAGGCAUGUAUGUUCAAAUAUUUCUCGUAGUCCGAUUUUUGUGACCAUUCACCGAAUUUUCCGGUCACACCUUGUAAUCCCUGAAGGUGAGGUUGAUAGCGCGCCUAGCUUUUAAAAAUCAGACCAUCUUCGGGAGCAUGUAUACUACAGGGCUAGGCUUGUGUACAGACCAUACGUUUAAAGCACAUUUCCCUCCGCUCCUCAGUGACUCCUGGGAACUGAAGUGCGUUAAGGAUGCUGGCAAUGGUCGCUCUGAGGGAUCAGCUACAGUUCCUGGGGUUCUUUAGGGAGAAAUGUGCUUUAAGUAUGUGAUCUGUACACAGCUUCCAAACAUCUUUUGGAUUGAACUUGGAUGUUUGGGGCUCCUGGAAAAUCUCGGAGAUGGUGGCUUUGUGAGGGGUGAAAUCUCUGUGGGAAAUUUUCAAGCCCUCAUAGGACCAGAGAGUCCAGGGUGCUGUGGGAACGUCGAGACCAGAUGACUCGGUUUAAGUCCAUAGCACAGGUGUGGUUUUGUCAUGGGCUGCGAGACCUGUGACAUCGGAAGCUUACCUUUACACCUUUCAGUUAAUAUGCAGCUAGCUUGUGAUAAAGAUCAGUUCACAGCAACAUAGUAUAUGGUGUAUAUUUUGUACAUAUUGCUGAGAAUGCAGGGUUUGGGUUUCAAGAAUGAAAACAGUUGCCCUGACUACAAAACAACAAUAACAACAAUGAGCUAUAUAGGAAUAGAGAUAGACUUUCAUUUUACAGAGUCCAGAAAUACAGAUCAGUGACAGCUUUAUAUUGCCACUCGCACAAAUAUGUGUGUCAACGUGAAAGCAGGAUGUUGUUAAACUUAAUAAAAAUUAUUGCUGUUGCUAAAAUAAUAUAUGGUUUCUGGACUUGAUUGCACAGUACUCAUUCGAGACAAGUGGACUGGUAAAAGUACAGCUGCUUCCGUUUAGUAGGCUUUGCUAUUUUCUCAAGAACUGAUGCAUAGUAUGUCUAUUCUGAGAUACCUGCAAGUGAAUGUAUGGUGUGGGAGAUGAUAUACUGCAGGUGUUGCUGGACUACAACUCCCAGCAUCCCUGACCCUUAGCUGUGCUGGUUGGGGCUGAUGGGAGUUGGAGUUCAACUACAUCUGGAGAGCCACAAACUACCUUUCUGUGGUGUGCUGUGACAAGAACAAGGCAGAUUGUUGAGAAAGGGAGAUGAAACCAACGCUGCAUGUAAUAUGAGGGGAGUCAGACUGAGUAUGGAUUUAUAAAGCUUUAUAAAGAUUUAUAUAAAUUUCCCAAACUGGGGUCUCCAGCCAUUUUCGGACUACAAUUCCCAUCAGCCCUGACCACCAAGCUAAGGAUGAUGGGAGUUGUAGUCCAAAAACAGCUUUGUGAAACCCUGGGCUACUGCAUGAUUUAACUGUCAAUAAACCUUUUCAGUGCAUCCUGGCUCGUGUAGUCUGAAAACCCACACUCUGGCUCUGCUUGCUUUUAUAUAGUGCAAUUAUUUAAUCGCCAUCUAAGUUAGUUUUGUCUUUGCAUUAUUAUUGUGAGACGCUUUUUGAGGCCUUAUGAUGAACAGGCCAGAUUAAGAUGACUUAUAACAAAUAAAUACACUUUGCCUAAUAUAUUCCAGUUGCAGAACGCAUCUUCCAAUCAAGGGGCCCCUUUGUUUGGAUUAUUCUUAUGGAAGUGUGAGGUUGCGCUUGCUUCUUUCUACUCUCCCACCCUAUUAUAACAGGGCUUGUCUUAAUGUUUCCUAGGACCUUGCAACGAGUCAGUCGGAGAGGGACAUGGCAUGGGUGAAGAAAGUUGGAGAUGACCAGUAAGUGUCAAUUCAUAUCAAUGGGUGUUUUUAAGUUUGGUGGGGUUGAAUUCCUUGGGCCCCUCCAAACGCCUAUUCUGUUGCAGCUGUAUGCUGCAGCAACACACUCCAGUCACAAUAAUAGUGCAUUCGUGGUGAAUUCGUUUUGCUUUGUAAGUUGUUCUGUGACGCUUUCCCAAUGGAAAUUCAGGUCAGCGAGGCCUUGGGAGCCAAUACCUGACCCGGCUAACCUGCCUUGAACUUGCUUAUCAACAGUUAGCACCUGGAAAGCAAACUGAGCAGCCACAAAGCUGGCCAUGGUCCUUCCCACUAUGGAGUCCUUCCCACUAUUGAAUUUCAACUGAAAUGGCAGUAAUGAUUGCCAAAUGCGCUUCUGUGCGUAUAAAUUAGCUCAUGCAAUUUUUACGCAAAACUGUCUCAUCUUUUUGGUGGUAUAUUUUGUUUCCGGGAUAGUAUGGAUAAGUGACCACCCUACUUGCACCUCGCCACAAGAGCUUUUCGAUAAGGAGCCAGCUGUGUGCUUAAAUAUAUAUGUUUCUAAUAUUGUAUAUUAGAAAUAUUGUAUAUUGGUCCUCACCCUGCACUCAGCUGUCCCUUGUGGCUCCUAGAGGCUGUCAGCAUGUGACAGCAACACCCAGGAAACAGCUUUGACUGACUGGCUAAACCAGGUGAGGGUAGCCAAUGGGUCUCAAGCCCUUGGUGAGGUGGGGCUUCCCCUGCAUGCGAAGACAGGCUCCAGUAUAUUGAGCAGAUGAGAUCAAUAUUGGGUCCAAUGGUCUGGAAGAUGGUUUCUGCACUUGCUGUAAGUGAGGGGCAGAUGGGGCUCAUCAAAGUGGGAAGGUAGCCCAUUGAGGAAGAAGGAAAACUCUGUUCCUAAACCUCCCACUGCUUUGUGGGAUAUCUUUGGGAGCAAAAAAGGCUAAGUAAAACCUACAAAAAUCCAGAGUGGAGUCCCUAAGAUGGUUGGAUGGCGCCUUGUACGCCUCCUUCCAGCAACUCCUGCAGCCAAGCAGGUGCCAAACGUACAGUGGUGCCCCGCAAGACGAAUGCCUCGCAAGACGAAAAACUCGCUAGACAAAAGGGUUUUGCGUUUUUUGAGUCAUUCCGCAAGACGAAUUUCCCUAUGGGCUUGCUUUGCAAGACGAAACGUCUUGUGAGUUCUUGCGAGUUUGUUUCCUUUUUCUUAAAGCCGCUAAGCCGUUAAUAGCCGCUAAGCCGUUAAUAGCCGCUAAGCCGCUAAUAGCUGUGUUUCGCAAGAUGAAAAAACCGCAAGACGAAGAGACUCGCGGAACAGAUUAAUUUCGUCUUGCGAGGCACGACUGUAUUGCUCUGUUUUCCUUUGGGGCAGAUCAGUGAGGCCAAGAGGGGAGUCUUAUUGUCUGGGCAGCCCAGGACUUCCAUACGCACUUGUGCCCAGGGGCAGUUACUUUGGUGCUGCUAACACAGUGGCGUGACUUCACCCCCAGAGAUGCACUCCAUUGUCUCUCAAGCCAGAUGGAUGCCAACAACAAGACGGUAUAUAAAAUCAUAAGGAUGUCAUCAUGCUGCAGUUCACUUGGCCACAGGCAGGCGGCACUGUGAACUAUAGUUUGGCAAGCUGCUGGGCCAUCCAGGGGAGGGGGAGAGGUCCAAAGGAUGGAGGUGUGGACAGGCAAGUGGCCCAGGUGGGACAUGGGAAGUAUAGCAAGGUCUGAGGGUUGUUGUUGUUUUGGCGACAUAUAAAGGGAGAGGAAUGGUGUUGGCAAGCAGUGGCGUAACCCCUAGCAUGUAUAUAUUUAGAAAGUUUUAAUCCUAUCUUUCUGCUUGACAGUAAGCCUCCAAGAUGGCUGAGAAUAAAUUCAUACAUAAGUUUUUUGUGUAUGGCAGUGGUCACAGAUGAAGGCUGGUUAUUGGGGGGGGGGGGCAGGGAGGGAAUGAGGAUGUAAAAUAACGGCUCCCCAGGCCAUAGUCUCUGGAUUUAAUGGUCUGACAGGGGGAGGCUCUCUUUAUAUACUGAUGUGCCUUACUUUGCUUGAUGCAAAAGAUGGGAAACCAUUCCUGCCCUAUUGGGGGCUUUCCCUCUGAGGGUCCGGCUCUGAGGGCCUUCUGGCGGUUCCCUCACUGCGAAAAGUGAGGCUACAGGGAACCUGGCCUUCUCCUCAGUGGUGCCCGCCCUGUGGAAUGCCCUCCCUCAGAUGUCAAGGGAAUAAACAACUAUCUGACUUUUAGAAGACAUCUGAAGGCAACCUUGUUUAGGGAAGUUUUUAAUGUUCGAUGUUUUAUCGUGUUUUUAAUAUUCUGCUGGGAGCUGCCCAGAGUGGCUGGGGAAACCCAGCCAGAUGGGCGGGGUAUAAAUAAUAAAUUAUUAUUAUUAUUAUUAUUAUUAUCCCUCUCUCUCUGUUGAAUGGGGCACUGGGCAUCACUGGUGAGAUUGUGCUGGAGACAGAACACGUGGUAAUGUGUGCACAGACUAACACAGGGCAAUCCCUCUGGAAAUCUGGACAAGUUGCAAUAUUGUUGGAAAUAAUGCCCCACUCCCCCCUGACAUUAAAUGCUCCCUUUUGUGGCUAGAGAACCAAGCAAAAUGGAAACCCAUAGAGAGGGCAGAAGAGCCCGUGUUUUUUAAAUUAAGUAUACAUUUUAGCAACUCUCAUGGCAAACGUUUGGUGGUGGAAGAGGUUUGGGGAGAUGUGAGGGUUUUGGCUUUUGCUUUCUUGAAAAAAAACAAAAAAUCUGGCAUUUCGAUUUGCAUGUUCUUUUUAAUUAAUUGAGGUUUGAGGAAGGAGGAGGGGGAGAGGGGUUGCAGAAAGGGGGUGUGAAUUUAAAAUGUGUCAAAGGGAGUCGAUGUGACACCUACCUCCGCUCUUUAUUUGUGCUGAGUGAGAAAAGAGGCCUCUGAGCCAUAGAUCUGUUUGAACUCUGCAAGGAGGCACAGAAGGAGAAAGGGGACCAUGGUUCUGAAUGAACAGUAAGUGUAUUGCUUCCACUGAUCACCUCCUCUGUAAAACAAGAACUGCUUAUUCACCGUCCUGACUCAGCUGAAAUCCAGCCAAGACUAUUGUCUGGUGGCUAAGAAUCAUUUUUUAUUCUCCCCUCUUCCGGUCAUUUCCCUUUACUGGGUCUCGCAGCAGCAGGUUGUGGUUCAUCUCCCUCCUAAGGUUCCCUUGGUGCCUUAGCGUUUGUGACAUCCGGCAUAUUAUCAGGAGCAUUAAUGGGAUGGUAACGCUGUUUUUGAGCUUGCCGUUUCAAAUUCGUGAUUCUGUCACGAAGCUUCUCAACAUAGAAGAUUAAGAGCGUAUCCCGGUAGCUUUUACCUCAAACCCACCCACAAAUCGCUAACAAGAUGUGCCUUGAGAGAGGAGGUUGGGGGUCCAUUUUUUCAGUGCACUGCUUCUCUCUCCGUCUCCCCAGAAAAAGAACCGAGUGUAAAGAGAUGUGGCAAGAAAGCUAGAGUGGCAGCUUUGUUUGUUGCAGCGUGGUAAUGAGGGUGGCCUUAUUAUAAUGAUGUGAGAGGGCAAGGACUCAGGGGGGCUGUGUGUGUGUGUGUGUGUGUGUGUGUGUGAGAGAGAGAGAGAGAGAGAGAGAGAGAGAGAGAGAUGAUGGGAAGGCCCAGGGCCGGAUUUUGGUUUGAUGAGGCCCUAAGUCCUUGGGUAGGCAAACUAAGGCCUGGGGGUAGGCAAACUAAGGCCCAUGGACGGUCUGGGAAUCAGCAUGUUUUUACAUGAGUAGAAUGUGUCCUUUUAUUUAAAAUGCAUCUCUGGGUUAUUUGUGGGGCAUAGGAAUUCGUUCAUUCCCCCCCCCCAAAAAUAGUCCGGCCCCCACAAGGUCUUAGGGACAGUGGACCGGCCCCCUGCUGAAAAUGUUUGCUGACCCCUGCCCCAACCUACUGAAGGUAAUGGGGCCCUUUAUAUGUCCAGCUGUCCAUUGUCAACAACAAAUUGUCACUAUUUUUUGUGUUGAAUAUAUGCUAUAUGGUAAUUUAUGGACCUAAUACGUAUCUAAAGCCAUUUGCCACUGUUGCUGUAUGUUUUUGAUCUUAUAUUUUGGAAAUGUACAUCCAGUUUUUCCCCCCUUUAAUUUUUUUGGGCCCCCCCAAGAGAGUGGGGCCCUAAGCUAUAGCUUGUUUAGCUUAUACAUAAAUCCGGCACUGGGAAGGCCAUAGGAACAUAGUGAAAAAGGACCUGAGGGGCAAGGAGGAAGGCAAGGGAAAGGGAUGUUGUUGGGAAGACACUGGUGCCCUCUGUUCAUACUGGCCCUCUUACCUUGCCUGCAUCAAAUUCCACAUCUAAUAAAUGUAAGAAGAGUGCGUAUAAUUAGCUGGUUGUUUUGGGUAAAUGCUCCGCCUCCACGUUCAGAGGCGGGAUGCCUGUGAAUGCCAGUUGCCAGGGAUUACAAGUGAGGAGAGUGCCGUUGUGCUGAGGUCCUGGCUUGCGGCCUUCCCAUAGGCAUCUGGUUGGCCACUGUAGGAAUAGGAUGCUGGACUAGAUGGGCCUUUGGCCUGAUCCUGCAGCAGCUAUUCUUAUGUUCUUAAUUAGGUUUAUUCUGUUUGCGGGGGAGGGCGCCAGGAAAAAGGAACAAAAUGAAGCCGAGAGAACAAUUUGUCACCCGGUGCGCUGUUGAAAAAAGAUUUGAACGGGGGACUUCCAGCACAUGGCAUGCAUGUUUAACAGCCUUGAUAAGACCAUUGGUGUCUGGUAUAACCUCAUCUCCCUUGCAUUGAUCUCUUUUCUCCCUCCCCAGCCCCAAUUAUUUGUUGAACUUCACCAGUGACUAAAGCAUUAAUAUAACUGAUGGGAAAUCUUUAUUUACAAGAUGAAAAAAGUUUGGGUCAUCCAGCAGCCUCUUUUUACAAGCUUCAUUCUGCAGUUUCUCUCCAUUCUAGGUAAAGGUAAAGGUACCCCUGCCCGUACGGGCCAGUCGUGUCCGACUCUAGGGUUGUGCGCCCAUCUCACUUAAGAGGCCGGGGGCCAGCGCUGUCCGGAGACACUUCCGGGUCACGUGGUCAGCGUGACGAAGCUACUCUGGUGAGCCAGCACCAGCGCAGCACACGGAAACGCCGUUUACCUUCCCGCUGUAAAGCGGUACCUAUUUAUCUACUUGCACUUAAGAGUGCUUUCGAACUGCUAGGUGGGCAGGAGCUGAGACCGAACGACGGGAGCUCACCCUGAACCGCCGACCAUACGAUCGGCAAGUCCUAGGCGCUGAGGUUUUACCCACAGCGCCACCCGCGUCCCUCUCUCCACUCUGCAGUAUCUUAAUUCGUUUUAACCGCUCCAGAAUAGGCAGCGAAUUCUCAGAUGUUCUGGUGCUUUGCUAGAAUAAUUUUGAGGCAACCACCACAACCUUCUUCAAAAAAGGAUGGGGCCUUCUAAUUAAACCUGAGGCAGUCUAAAACAGCUUAAGAAGUCUUAAACUUUGCCUCACUGCAAACUGUUGUUCUGGUGUUGCAGGAUGUCGUUUCUUCCAUUACAGCUGCUGUUUUGUAACAGCCUGGGUGCUGUUUUGUAAGGCACCUGAAUGAAAUCUCAGUUCUUUCCAAAUUCUUGGUUUAGCUUGUGAAGGAAAACUGGGAGAACUCAGCAGGCAGCAAGUGCAUACCGAUAAAUUUGUAUACGCCCCAUUUCACCGUGAACCGUGAAAGAUUCUACUUUUCAGGGAAGAGGUGCUUUGACCGACAAAUAUCUCAGAGACAUGGCAAGUGCACAGACCAAACAAUGCUUGCCCACUUCCCCUUUCCCCUGUGUGUAUACUAUAGUUGCAUCCAAAUAUAGAAGAAGCUGAGCAGAACAUUUGUUCGAGGUCUUCAUUAUUUCCCCCUGUUCUUUUAUUUGUGCCCCUGGCGAGCACCUGAAACCGCACAGCAGAUCAGUUGCAAUUAAUUUUGUCACAGGAAUUGAUUGUUGUUGUCGCUUAACGCUUAUAAAGCACCUCAAAAUUUCCAUGCAUCAUACAUGAAUGCAAAAGAUGAGCUGGUCCCUGCCUGCACGUUCGCAAUCUGGAUACAAGAUACCAGAGGUGCCAACUUGAAUAAAAUAUUGGGGGGGUGGCUAGGUAGCUCCCUCCCCACAUAACUGAUCGCAUAAUGUGCUGCACACACACUAUUCAAAUGGCAAUACCCAUCAACUUUGGUGGGGUCUGGCCCCCUCAAAUAUUUUAUUGAGGGGGCCCAAAGACCCCUCGGCCCCUAGGAGUUGCUUCCUGUGCAAGAUACAAAAGGAAAAAGAAUGAGGAGGGAAGAGGGAAGUAAGCACUCGAGUGAGCAGCUGCCCCUUCACUGACUGGUGGAGAAAUCCCCAGGGCAGUUUACAAAAUUAAAUUAAAAUUUCAAUAAAAAAACAUUAAAAACUACAGAAUCAAAGCAGCAGGAUCUUAAAAGAGCAGUGUAAGAACAUGGAUCUGAAAACUUUUUGGGGGCAAGCUUUACUGAAAAAUGUAAAAACAUUGACCAAACAUAAAGUGUCGUCUUCCAAGACAUAAAUACAAAAAAACCCAAAACAACCCCAUAAAGAUAAAAGCAGUUUAGAUGGAAAGGCCUGAUAAAAUAACAGGGCUUUCCCUGCUGCUGAAAUGACAUCAGUGUAGGUGCUGGAUGAGCCUUCCUGAGGAAGGCUUUCUACAUUGGGGGCAUCAUAAGUGUGAAAGUCCUUUCCCUGGGAAUUGCCACAUGCCACAUGACAGGAGAAUUCACAGCUUCUGAUCCCCUGGAUCACUGAGGGAACCACAGGAUCACUUUUAGCAUUCUUAAGACAGCUUUCAGUUUGCCCAGUUUUAAGUUCAGCUCAGUAGCUGAUUCCCUAACUUAUACAGUGGUACCUCGGGUUAAGAACUUAAUUUGUUCUGGAAGUCCAUUCUUAUCCUGAAACUGUUCUUAACCUGAAGCACCACUUUAGCUAAUGGGGCCUCCUGCUGCCACCGCGCCACCAGAGCACGAUUUUUGUUCUUAUCCUGAAGCAAAGUUCUUAACCUGAGGUACUAUUUCUGGGUUAGCGGAGUCUGUAACCUGAAGCGUCUGUAACCCGAGGUACCACUGUACUGGGAGAAUUUGACAUUGUUAUAGGUAUUGUCUCUUCCUCCUUCCCCCCUUUGAGCCUGAAAAAAACCAAAAGAAUCCUCCUGUCAGCCUUGGCUUGAGCCAAGUUGCAUUUCAUGUUUUGUGUCUGGGUUUUCAUUUUAUUUGUUUGCUUUUAUCGAUUGCCGGCACAUCAGGUUGGGCCUUGUCCAGAUCGCUCACAAGGUGCGAGAGGAUCCUUGACAACUGUGUAUGCCGUGCAAACGGAGAGAAGACAAUGGCUUUUCAUAAAACCAGAUCAAAUGUGCCACAUUGUGUGUAGCAGGAGGGGGGGGGCAGGGGGGAAGUCAAGUAGGCAGAGCUGAGCUGUGGACAGAUAGAGAAUGACACCGUGUGGAGGGGCUAAUGUGGAAGUGUUGGAGUGCAGAUGGCAGAGAGGAGCUAGAGGGUUCUGUUCCCCUUUGUUUCUGUUUUCACAGUAAAGGAAAGAGCAAUCCGUUUGGAGAUCCAUUGACUUAAUGGAGAUUUGCACAAAGAAGACAGCUGCGGGGUUCAUAUAUAUAUAUAUGCGCAACUUAGGGGAAAUGAGGUCACUUGCUGAAUUUUGUAUUGCUGUAAGAACUAGAUCCAUCAGUUGUAUACGUAUAAAAAAAAUGGGAACCCAGUGGUCUGUCUAGAGCUGCGUUUGAACGUCCCAACACUAGCAAGUCCACUAGGAAGAGGGUUGCUUUUGAGACAGUGGAUCAACAGAACAUGGCCCCAGAAUCUGUCUUCCAUGCCACGGGGAACAGCCAGGGAAUUCCAGUGCUGCCCCUGAGCAUCUGCCGCCUGACGAGGUCGACCCACUUUGCCAAAUGGUAGGGCCGGGCCUGGGCAAUGUCUGCUAUCAAUCUCCCUGGAGUUGAUGACGCCUUCAGUACUGGAGGGAGGCUGCUAAGGAGGUCCCAAUAUCGACAAGCUGAACAUGCUGUUUUGACCUCUGUGUACUUUAUUCUGGCUUCCUAUUUAUAACUCUGUGUUCCAAAUGCCCAUUUUCAUGCAAACUUUACUGUCUCUUCCACCUGCCUGCCUCUUGGUUCAGGCACUGCAACUCCUGAAGCAUGCAGCUGCUGCGGUUAACUUUUCUUCGGUUCAUCCUAUUACAAAUGGCCUCCGGGGCGCAGUUGUGGUCUUUUCUUUCAUUUCCAAAUGUGCAAGUUGGGCAGCUGCUUAGUACUUAGUUGCGUUCCUUCCAAAACUUGUCUUUCAUCUCCAUCCAUCCAUAUAACCAUGCCUCCAUCCAAUUUAUACUUCUGACAAUUGAAUCGUUAUUUCAGGGGUCCCCCCACCUCAACCUGGCAUUAACUACAACAACACAAGUAAAGAAAAAAGUAAGGAAGGGGUAUGUGAGGCUGGAACGCUGGACUCUUGGUCACAUAGAUGAGCUGAUACUUGCCCAUAAUUUGACGUGGACAAAUGCGCAUGGCAUGUCCCCACAGUGCCACGUUAUUUAGUCCAUGUAGGCAUCGUAAGAUUGGCAGCAGUGCCAGUCCUUGAGAGGAAGGAGCGACCAGCGCUUGCAGCUUUCUUGUAAUUGCCUUUCUUGUAAAUGCAGUUCCGUUUUUUGUAAACUCUGCUUUUCCAUUGCUUGGCAAUACGGAGCGCACAAUUUAAUUCUAAAAGGUUUUUUUUCUUUCCUUUGGUCUUUUAAACUUCCUGAACUAGUCACUUCUCCCCAAAACCUUAGCCACAGAAAGGCGGAGGGAACUGUAGGUUUUUAAUCACGUUCUCGUUCGUUCAUUAUCUCCCCCCCUUCCUUUCCUUUCAUUUCUCUCUUAUUUGAAAAUGAAAGCUCCAAGUGGAGAGGGACGGUGGGAGGGAGAGACUUAUCCCACAUACCUGAAAUUCACUCUUGGGUCAUGCUAGCUGUGCCAGCUUUUGCCAAAGUGCCCACAUAGCUUUUUCAUGCACUAGAGUUGUAAGGGGUGGGUGAGGGCAAACUGGCCUCCCACCCUGGCACGAGGUGGCUCAGACUCGUAGCAGGAAAUCAGCAGGGGCAUCUAAGCAUAGUCGAAAAAGUGAGCAGCAGUUUGUUUAUUCAAUUUUUAAUCUAUAGUAUCCCAAGGAUUUGGGGUGAGUAGCAGUAGGUUUAAAAAGAGAAAGGGCCUUACAAAAAUUAAAGCCAGAACUCUUGGAUUAUCAUAUCCAGAAAAGAUAAGAAAAAAACAAUAUAUCUUAUGCCAGAAGAUUCUUUGAGCAGCUUUGCCCUUUUCCAGGAAGCCUAAGUGAGUCACAAUUCCUCUCUCUUUUGCAUCUCUGGGGGGUGGAAUCUGAUUGUGUUUUUAUCAUGUGCUUGCUUGCUUUGCUUUUAACAUUUUUAUCGUCGGCUAGCUUGUGAGGACUUACCCUAAAAGGCGCAGCCAAACUAGGAGCAGAGGAAGCUGUCCUGUGCUGAGUCGGACCCAUGGGCCCAUUUAGCUAAGAAGAAGAAGAAGAAGAAGAAGAAGAGGAGGAGGAGGAGGAGUUUGGAUUUGAUAUCCCGCUUUAUCACUACCCUAAGGAGUCUCAAGGGACGCAGGCGGCGCUGUGGGUUAAAACAAAGCCUAGGACUUGCCGAUCAGGAGCUCGGUGGUUCGAAUCCCCGUGACGGGGUGAGCUCCUGUUGCUCGGUCCCUGCUCCUGCCAACCUAGCAGUUCGAAAGCACGUCAAAGUGCAAGUAGAUAAAUAGGUACCGCUCUGGCGGGAAGGUAAACGGUGUUUCCGUGCGCUGCUCUGGUUCGCCAGAAGUGGCUUAGUCAUGCUGGCCACAUGACCCGGAAGCUGUACGCCGGCUCCCUCAGCCAAUAAAGCGAGAUGAGUGCCGCAACCCCAGAGUCGGCCACGACUGGACCUAAUGGUCAGGGGUCCCUUUACCUUUUUAAGGAGUCCCAAAGCGGCUAACAAUCUCCUUAGUCUACACUGGCUGGCAGCAGUUCCUCAGGGUUCAGGCAGGGUCCUUUCCGCCUGAACAAUGAACCCUCCAGCAUUCAAGGCUGAUGUUCUGCCACCAAAAGCUACAGCCCUACCGCUGCCGAUUGCUAAAAGAACAAAAGCAGCAGCGAUAGUGAUGAUGUUGGAAGUGCGAAAUAGUGCAUUCCUGUGGCUGAAAGGCCAGACAACUUAUUCACCAGCCCCUUGAGCACCGUGGGGCAUGAUAUGCUGGGAAAUAGCCCCCGCAGGUGCCUCAUUGAAAUGAAUGGGGACUGUGCAAGAGCCACCUGUUAAUUUCAGAGGGGCUUUCGCAGGUGAAUUUUGUGGUGGUUUGAGACCCUGUGGGGCUAAAUCUAACUCCUUCCGAUGCCUGCGAUGGCUUUCUUUGAAGGGCACGCAAAUUCCCCCCUUCACACAUUCCCCGGGAACUAUCAGAAAAUGAAACAUGACUCAUAUGUGCUUCCUCUACGAGCUUUUGGGUUUCAUAGUCCAAAGGGCACUAGGGACCACUGUUGAAGGGCAACCGCUAAAACCCAUCAUAGUCCUCCUACGUUGGCUAUGCAUGGACAAUAAACUGAAGGUGGGGGAUCUGUGGCCCUCAAUAACACGCUGUUGGGCUAGAUAUGGAUUCCAAUAAUAUCUUGAGGGCCCCAGGUUCUCUAUCCCUGCUUUAAAAAGGAUGUGUGCUUGUUUGACGUUGUGACACAAACUGCAGCACAUCAACAUUUUUUUUCCUUACAAAAAUACCAUAUAGCGAGAUCGCCACGUGCAAAUUUUAUGCAGAGCUGUAUCCUCCUUUUGUCCUCUGUUUUGACAAUGCGUAAGGAGCCACCCUACCGGCAUAGAUUAUAGAUUGGUCUGAUUUCAAGCUGAAAAGAGCCUCCUUUGUUUCAUAGGAGGACAAAAGAAAAUAGUCUUACGGCACCUUUAAAGCCUAGCAGAUUUAUUGUGGUGCAAACAUUCACGACAUGCAUGAAGUUUUAACCUUCAGUGACUCCAGGGUUUCCCAAACUUGGGUCUCCAGCUGUUUUCGGACUACACUUCCCAUCAUCCCUGACCACUGGUCCUGCUAGCUCAGGAUAAUGGGAGUUGUACUCCAAGCAGCUGCUGGGAAACCCUGAGUAUGUAUAUAGACUAUAGAGAGAUGGUAAAUUCUGGGGCCAAACGUGGACUGUACUCCACAGUAGCCUGUAGUGCAAUAAAAGGGUUAGUCUUCAAGGUACCAGGGGGACAUUUUUGUGUGUUCUUGCUGUAGCAGACUAAAAUGCCUACCCCUCUGGCUUUCAUCUCCUCCCUCCCCCCCCCACCCAUAGAAGCACAUUUGAAUUUUGCAACCACAUUUUGCUGACCUCGCCCUCUUGUGGAAAGCGAGAUACAACAAGGCCACAUAAACUGCUGCUGGGCAAUAUCUCAUCUGCCCUCCGUUCCAGUUGGGGAGGUGGGUGUUGAAGCUUUGACUGAAUUCCUGGAGCCCGGCUGCUGAUGUCGGAGGAAAGAAUAGGUUCUCGCAAGCUUAUUGUUACGAUAGAGGCUUCACCGGAACUUCCUUCCAGAGCAGCAGCAGCUCAGCCCCUGGAAGAUGUGAAAAAUAGGAGUUUGCUCUUGAGAGUGCGUGGAGAGACUUUCCCGUAGCCGCUCACCCACUCUGAACAACCGCAGCCGCCUUCCUCAUAAUGCCAGCUUGGCAGAUGGCAAGGUGCCCAAGACAGAAGGUGAGAUGGCUUGUUUAUUUAGUUUUUCACACUUUACAUCCCACCGUUCCUUCAAGGAGAUGAAGGUCUUAUCCACAGGCCUCCUCCCUCUUUCAUUUUAUCUGCACAAUGACCCUGCGAGGGAGACUGUCCAUGCUGUGAGCCUCAUGGCUGAGUGGGGAUUUGAACGCUGGUCUUCCCACCCCACCCCACUGGCACUGAGGCAGUCUGUGCUUGCUUAGGGUGGGGUGAGGGGGCUAAGGAAAGGCCCUCUGCCCAUGCUCAGAGGUAUUGUUUCAUUUCUGCUCCACGUGUCCCAAACAUGAGGUCUUGCUUUGGAAAGAAGUUCUGAGGAGCCACCUCCGAUAACAAGAUUACCUGCUCAUUUUGGCUACCUUAAAUCACCAGUCCUAAACUUUGCCGAAAUUCCUAAUCUGGGCUUUAUUGUGUUGUUGUUGCUGCUCCUCAUCUUCCAAAUGCACAUUAGUCUAUUUUUCGGGUCAAAAGCACCUUCCCUGUCCCCACUCCCGUUAGUUAAUACAGUGGUACCUCAGGUUACAUACGCUUCAGGUUACAUACGCUUCAGGUUACAGAUUCUGCUAACCCAGAAAUAGUGCUUCAGGUUAAGAACUUUGCUUCAGGAUGAGAACAGAAAUCGUGCUCCGGCGGCACGGCAGCAGCAGGAGGCCCCACUAGCUAAAGUGGUGCUUCAGGUUAAGAACAGUUUCAGGUUAAGAACAGACCUCCGGAACGAAUUAAGUACUUAACCCGAGGUACCACUGUAUGCAGUGUGUGAGCAAGCACCGACAAUCUUUAAAAUAAAACAAGAAGCAGUGGGAGUAUCUGUGGCUGGUAGCCCCGUGCAUUUUCUUGCAUAGUUUUAAAAUUUAUUUUAAGGGGUGGUAUGUUAGUUCUGCCCGGCCAUUUCCUCUCCCCACACAGCUCUGCUCUCCUGCCCACUGAGCCACGCCGAGAUGGUAGAUAAUGCUGUGGUUUCGUGCUUUUUCUCAUUUGGUUGGGCGGCGGGCCUGUUUACGAGGCUCGCUCUUCGCUCCUUCCACCCGCAGUGGCUAUAGAUUUAGGCUCCCCCCUCCCCAGCCACAUAGAAACCACACACACAACCCUGUGUUCCAUUGCACUGCCGGUGGGGUGGGAUGGAGGGGCUUGAGGAAGGAGCCAAGCAGUGGUGGGAGGGGAGAAUAUCUUGCAAUUCAUUUGCAAAGACGGGGGAAUGCCUUGAAAUAUACAGUGCAACACGCUCACCAUUUCUUACAGAUAUAAUAUAUACAUGCUCGGUAUAAAAGACCAAGCAGUAGGGAUAAAUUCAGUUCAGCUUGUAUCUAGAAGGAAGCUUGCUUAAUUUGCACUCUUCCAUACAAUACACAAACACAUUGAAACACCUUUGAAAUUUUUCACUUCUGUGCAGGGCUUUUUUUCUCUUCCAGGGGGAAUUCACCAGAAUUUUGCAGUGUACUUCUCCAGCCAAAUUAAUGUGUGCAAAAAUGCAUAUACAGGGGUGAAGUGUGUGUGUUUGUGUGUGUAUAUGUAUGAUUUUCUAAUAGCACAUUGUGAGACCUGCAUGUAUAUAAUAAAUCCUCAGCAAAUAUACUUUAUCCAUAUUUGAUUAAUUUGGCACAGUUACCCAACUUCUGCCAGCAAUGAGAAGGGGCAAGGUAUUUGGCAGAUUAGGAUAAACCUACCUAGACUCUUGGUGGAGCGGUAUGGUCUAUAAACUGUUUCUGGAAAACAAAAACCCUGAAAAGUAAGAUUCUCUCAUGCUACUAGAUUCUGAGGUUACGUGGUGCAUGAGUACCGUUGCUUUUGGUGGCUUGUUUUGGUCCUGUUGUUUACAUAUGUGCUACCUCUGCUUGAGAGUGUGGGCGAUUGUUGAGAUCAGGUUAAUGGAAAUAAUGUGAAAUGCACAAAAUAGUCGUUUAUUUAAAAAAGCAAAAACCACUGAAAAAACAUUCCUCAAAAUGGAAUGCUUGAACAUAAUUUUUUUAAAAAAAUAAAGGCUGAUGUUUUUAAAGUUUAGAAGGUUUUGAUUUACAAAAAAAAAAAAGUUCCAUCAAGCUGAAACUGGCGAAUUUCUCACACUUUGGCACCAUUUAUUGUAUUGAUAGCAACCCUGAAAGAGGAAUGCAUAAACCGGAAAUGUUUGUUUAUUUAUUUUAUUUUAUUAUUUUAUUUAUUUAAUUUCUAUACCGCCCUAUACCCGAAGGUCUCGGGGUGGUUCACAUAAAAUAGCAAGUACAUAAAAUCAAAACAAAACCAACAACCCAAUAAAAAAAACCCCAAAAAAGCCAGCAUUUUUUAAAAAGUAUAAUAUACUUCUUAAUUGUAUUUCAGUUCAACAAUUACUUUGAUAAAAUACAUAUUUUGUUAUGUGCAAAUGGCUUUCUGUUAGGUCCAUAAAUUUCCAUGUAGCAUAUAUACAACAACAAAAAACAGCGACAAUUUGUUGUUGACAAAAGACAGCUGGACAUAUAAAGGGCCCCAUUACCUUCAGUAGCUUAGGGCCUCAUCUAACCUAAAUCCAGCCCUGGGAGGGAAGGAAGGGAUCUGGUGUGAAACUUUAAAAUUGAAAGUCUACAAACCGAACUAAAAAGAAAGAGGAGACUGCAGUAUUUCUUAUUACGUUUGCAGUGCUUAAAUUUUUAUAUUGUUAUGUGCUGGGGUUCCUGUAUACUUGUGUCCCAUAUGAUACGUACAGACCUCACUGUUUUAAUCCUAAAUGUGUGGAGAGACUGUGGCUUUUCGUGAGAUGGGAGGGGGAAAGGAGGAAAAUGCAUUUGGCACACGCUCAGAGGUGUGCUUCACACUUCGCAUAUUACAGAGCUGAUGUUUCGUUUUGAAGAAGAAAAACACACAGUGCCUGCCUUUGAACAAAGCUCUACUUGCGGGAACCGAUCCUGCUAACGUAACCUGCACUGCGAAGCAAGAUUCUGUGCUGGGAUCUAGACACUGCAAAUGUUCAGAAGCUGCAGCAUGCAGCCACACAAUUUAUGCAUGCAUGCACGCACACAUUCCCUAAUGCGCUUCUCCCAUGCAGUUUCCAUGUGCAGUGUUUUGUGAGCUGCACAGAGCUUUUAUCAACAGCUGGUAAUAGUUGGGAGCAGGGCCGGAUUUAGGUUUGAUGAGGCCCUAAGCCACUGAAGGUAAUGGGGCCCUUUAUAUGUCCAGCUGUCCUUUGUCAACAACAAAUUGUCACUGUUUUUUGUUGUUGAAUGUAUGCUAUAUGGUAAUUUAUGGACCUCAUAGGUAUCUAAAGUCAUUUGCACCUGUUGACAUGUAACCAGUCCAUGCAGAAUGUUGUUGUUUAGUCGUGUCCAACUCUUUGUGACCCCAUGGACCAGAGCACGCCAGGCCCUCCUGUCUUCCACUGCCUCCCGCAGUUUGGUCAAACUCAUGUUAGUAGCUUCGAGAACACUAUCCAACCAUCUCGUCCUCUGUCGUCCCCUUCUCCUUGUGCCCUCAAUCUUUCCCAACAUCGGGUUCUUUUCCAGGAAGUCUUCUCUUCUCAUGAGGUGGCCAAAGUAUUGGAGCCUCAGCUUCAGGAUCUGUCCUUCCAGUGAGCACUCAGGGCUGAUUUCCUUCAGAAUGGAUAGGUUUGAUCUUCUUGCAGUCCAUGGAACUCUCAAGAGUCUCCUCCAGCACCAUAAUUCAAAAGCAUCAAUUCUUCGGCGACCAGCCUUCUUUCUUAUUUUGGAAAUAUACAUCCAAUUUUUUCCCUUUAAUUUGUUUUGGGGCCCCAAGAAAGUGGGGCCCUAAGCUAUAGCUUGUUUAGCUUAUACGUAAAACCGGCACUGUGUGCAGCCACACAUUCCCUAAUUUGCUUCCUCCAUGCAGUUUCCAUGUGCGUUGUUUUGUGAGCUGCACAGAGCUUUUAUCUCACAUCUUUCCACCGCCUCCUCCCACCUGUAACAUUUAAUAUGGGGAUUAAUAAUACCAGCCUUCUUAACAGAGCUGUUUGUAAAGUUUGCUGAGAGCAACAUCUGUGAAAUGGGCUGAGUACUUGGACAUUGGGCAAGCAGCCCUCUCUGUGCCCAUGGGCUCUUUGGAUCGGGGCUCUGAAAUGCAGAGUUUGUGGUUUCGUCAGUUUCUAGGCGAACUUUAGUUUAACCAAGCUUGUAGCUAAGACCACACACACACACACGCACAGAGAGAGAGAUAAAUAUAAAUCUUCAGGGCUGAUUCCUGGUGGUUGCAGAUGGGGCUAUGAAACCACAGAUGCAUCACUUCCAACCCCUAAAUAUGCCUCUAGUGUUAAAAGCUUCUCCCCCUGCCCACCCGCUGUGACCAUGAGGGCUAGAAACCUAUAUAUAUAUAUAUAUACAGGCUUCUAUCAUUUAAUAAUAAUAGCUACUUUUAAAAGGAUUAAUGUUAGAUUAAAAAAAAAACUUUGAUUAAUGUCUAGCCCCAAAGGAGAAGCAAAGACUCUGUAAUAAAUUGUUUGAUGAAACCAUUGUCUCUUAUGAAGGAAAUGUGUUACGGUCAGGGGACUUUAAUGGGAUUAUAACCCCAAAGUUGAACACAAGACAUUAAAACUGGAAACACUGAAAAUACUCAAAGCUUCUUUAAGGAGAUCCCAAACUUUGCAUCUGACCGAUAAAAUAAUAAAAAAAUUCACGUUGUUCAAUAGCAGACCAAGCAAAAACGCAAGUUUACUUUUCAAAAUUCUCUUUUAUCUGCUUUAUUUAGCUGAUGAGCUACUAUCAGAAAUGGGAAUUCAAAGCAUUUCUGAUAAUGGUCCAAGAUGUUUAACUUGGGAAGGAAGAACAGUGUGUUUAAGCCUCAGAAUUGGAGGUUAACUAUAUUCUUAUUACAAGAUUCGAGAAUUGUACAGACAAUACAGAAUAAUCUGCAAUAAUUUUUUCCCAACAUAAUGUCACUAGUGAAAUAAAUUGGAUAAUAAUUUGGAAUAUGGCAAAAGCUUUUGCACGAGGUUUGUUAAUAAAUAUGUCAAGUUACAGUAUUUGCAGAAACAGCGUACCACAUUAAAUAAAUAGCUGUUUGAGAAAAUAAGAAAUUCGGAACAGCAACACAGGGUUGUGAUGUCAGAUAGUACGUAUGCAGAACUUGAGAAAUACAGAAAUAUGUUAGAACUGCGCAAUGUUCAUGAAGCAGGAAAAAAAGCCUUUAAUUUUACUCAAAAGUAUUUUGAGAAAGGAAGGAAAGCUGAUAAUCUGUUAGCAUGUACACUAGCAGAGGAGCAGGUAAAAAAAAAGCCCUGAUUCCACAUGUAUUUUAAAAAGAACAUGAAUAUCUAAAAAUAUUGAAGAGAUAAUUAAAUUAUUUUAAACCUUUUUUUUUUUUUAGAGACUAUGCCCAUCAGUACAACCCCAGGAAAAAAUAAAAAUAAAAAAUCCAACAUUUACUAAAGAGGAGAAACUAAUUUGGACGGGUGAUCUCCGCACUCAGUAGAUAUAUGACACUGUAAGUUCCCUUAAAAAUAAUAAAACACCUGAUCUGAUUGGAUUGCCUGCAGACUGUCAUAAAUUUCUCCCAGAUAUAUUGAUAGGACCAUUAAAUAACUUAUUUGGAGAAUGUAGAACAAUUAAAGGUUUAACAAAGCCUUGGAAAAAUACAAAAAGCAACAUUGAGUCACAAGAAAGGAAUGUUACCUUCAUCUUGCAGACCAGCGUCCUUGCUAAAUCAAUAUUAUAAAAAUUCUUGCUACAGCAUAUACGUGGAGUUUAAAUAAAGUUAUAACUAGAUAUAUUCAUCUGGACAGGUUUUAUUACAGGCUGUUUACUAUCUGGUAAUACAAGAGCGUCGAACUUAAUCAUUGAAAGUUGGCAGAAUAAAAUUGAAACAGCUUUGUUUUCUUUUCUUUUUUUUAAAUAAUAUUUAUUAAUAAUUUCAAAAUUACAAAAAAAAACAAAAUAAAGAACAACACUACAAUAUAAAAAAGAGAAAAACACAGAACAUAAAAACCAAUACAACAAUACAGCAAAAUAAAAAUAAAAAGAAGAAAAAAGACACAAAUCCCAAACUGCAUAUCUAUAAUUUCCAUUUGCUUGUUUCAUUGACCUCCUCACACCUCCCUUUUUGUAUUCUAGUUUAAUUAAUUAUUUCAGCAAAUUCUUUCCAUCUUUCUCAAUUUUUGUUAAAAAAUAUGUCUUAACAAUUUAACCUAAUAAUUAACUCAACAAGUCCUUUCCAUCUUUCCCCAUAUUCUGUUAUUCAAAUUACCUUAAUUUAUUUAACCUUAUGUUACCCCAAAAUACCUUAAAGCUUAAAUCUUAGUUUUCAAAUAUACAUAGCUCCUGAUAUCAUUUCUGCUAGAGUCAUAUAGUUUCAUUCCAACAUUUUCCCUAAUAUUCAUUAAGCUAAUUCUAAAUAAAAGUUUCCUUUAUAAGUUUUCUUCCAAUCGUCAUCCAGCGUCUCUUCUUCCUGGUCUCGGAUCGUGUCAGUCCUUACUAUCCAUUCCAUCUAGUCCAUCAACCUGGAAGCCUUAUGUCCGAGGCCCUUAAGUCUCUUCCAUGUCCCUUCUGCAGUUCUUCUUCUUCUUGUUUAUAUUUGCCCUUUUCCUUGUCUUUUGUUGGUCUCUUUCUUAAUUUCUUUCCUUUCUCAUUGAGGAGUAGGUCUCUGGGGAUUCCAACCCAAAAUUGUCUCCAUUUCCCUUCAUCCAGCCCACCCAUUCCCCACAGUCCCACUCCCCACAGUCAUCGAUAUAAACCAACAAGUAUUUAAUAUCAUAUUUCAAGGUCUCUCCAAAGUUAGGAACCUCCUCAUCUCCAAACUUCCCCUGGCCCACUUCAACUUCAAUCUUCAAUGACAGCGGCUUAUGCUCCUGUAGGGCCUCGGGUCUCUCCAUUUGAAUUAUUUGAGGUGCAACCACAUCUUCCUUCAUUGUCAUCUGCACUUGCCCAGUCAGUAGAGAAUCAUAGGUUGGUCCCUGGAUGAUUUCUGUAUCAAUGUUCCCUGUUUGUCCACAGUUAUUAACCACAACAGUCAAAUCCAUUUUCUCAUUCAUCAAGUUCAUCUUCUCGUGCAUCUGUUCCAGCAAGGCAUUUGUUUUGCAUAAAGCAAGCACCCAGUCUUCCUCCCAGCUCAUCUUUGGUCAAGGUCAGAAAAGACUGUUCCCACGAUCUUAAUCUCACAGAUGUUGGAUCCUCAAGUAUACUGCAGCAACAAUUUAACAAGCUCUCUCUAGAGGAGACAAUUUCUCUUUGUAUCCAUUUUUUUUUAAAGGCAAAGGAAAGUUACUUUCAUUGUCCAGAUAUUUCAGAUGUUUUUCAGAUAUUUUGUUUCUUUAAAAUGCAAAAGGCAACAUUAGAAUCAACUUGUCUCUCUUCAUUAGCUAUCUGUCAAAGUAUUCCAUUCACAGUCAAUGAGCCACUCCAACAGUUUCUGUCUCUGACACCCCGUUCCCAGGUUAGAGACGGUGGAAACUUAUCCUUCUUCACUCCCUCUCCUGCUAGGGUUAAACAGAGUCCCCCCCCCCUUUUCUCCUGCUUCCAAGGGGGGUUUCAGUGAUUCUGAAUGAAGGAAAUUUAGGCUUUUUUGACAGCUUUCCCGGCUUUAGCUUACAAAAUUUUUGCUUUAGACUAUAUUCAAAAAGCGGAAGGCGGACUUCCUGUUUGCACCUUCCCGCUUUGAUACCAAAUUAAGCAAUUUCUUGAUCCAAUUUUCCGUUUCUACUCACGGGUACUUGUUUUAAGUCCAAUUGUCCACAGGAAAAAGUCAGCGCUCUCUGGCAAUGGCUGUGCGGCUUCACUCUGUGAAAAUAGCAGUCAGUUCGCAGCACCGCGCUUCUCACCCCACUUCGCUCCGGAGCCCCUAAAUGGGAUUCCCCGCAAGUAGGGGGGCGCUUCUGGUGCCCUGCCGAACCCCACGUUCCCAGGCUUCCUCUGCCUGGGAUUUCUAGCAGGUCCCCACCUUCGCCGCGGCGGGAAGACCCAGUUUCCACGGAGCCCGUUCCUCCGGUUGGAGGAACUCCGCCAUUCACCAGUGGCGCUGACCCGGAAGUCCCCAUCAUGAAACAGCUUUGUUUUCACUGAUGCUGAAAAAGCAUUGGAUUGUACAGAAUAAGUUUUUAUUUAUUUACAAGUAUAACAAAACUUAAGUAAACAACAAUAAUAUGGUAGUAUAAAUUAGAUAUUGGUAAACCAUUUCAGGAUUAUGUUAAAGCUAUCUGCAGUCAUCCAUGUGAUGUUUUAUGCAUAAAGCAAUCAGUACUCAAAUUAUUUUCAGGUAAGCAGAGGAACAAGAUAGUGUUGCUCUUAUCAGCCUUACUUUCUGUAAUAUGUAUUGAACCUUUAGUGGCCCUGUUCAGAUCAGUAGAAGAUGUGACUGGGAUUAAUGUUGAAUCUACAAAUCACAAAAUCCGAAUGCUUCUUGCCAGUGCUUCCCCCCCAAAAUGUUUGUGGGCACUCUCAUUUUCCUACUCAUAUUAAAAUACUGCCCGUCAAUGAGGCCAAACUUAAAUUCAUAAAAUGUUUAGAGGUAUGCGUCCCUCCAGAAAACAGCACUGCUUCUUGCCAAUCCAUACAAAUCCAUGCAAUCCAUACAAAAUAUCCAAACGUCCAGCACUGAAUGUCCUGGGGACAGCACAGAAAUUCUUUUAUCCGUCACAGUCAGUUGUUCCCAGGGAAGAAUAUAGUUCAAGCCAAACUGUUCUAGAUAGCCAUAGCUGCAAGGGUGCUUUGGGGAGUUUAAGACCAGUUUCAUUUGUUUAUGGAAUAGAUGGCCACCAUACUGUAUUUUUUAUUAUUAUUUAAAUCACUUUUAAGUGAUGAGUCGUUUUCCCAGUCCCCAAACAUUUGUGUACAAUGAGCCCUUGUAAGACCUUCCAGAUUUCAGCUGUAGAUAACAAAGUGGAGAAUUAAAGAAUAAACAAUAAAUCCUUAGUCUUUGUAUCUGCAUUUAGACCUUCAAAGAGGGACAAUAAUCACAACUGGGGUAAGAAAUCCAUGGGCUCCUGAAUUAUUGUGGGUGCAACCAAGCCAUCAAUUUUGAAAACGUAACCAAAAGCGAUAACAAGUCCCUUAGUUUCCAUCAGUAUUAUGAUUGGACCAUAGGCAAUAUAUGGGCAAGCUGAAUUGGCAUCUAGUAUCACCUGUGAACCACUUUUAAGGUACUUUUUCUAAUAUAUGCAGAGAUGGAUUUUGCCAGGGCCAAGAGCCAUCAUUUUGUCUCAUCUAUUUCUUGCCCUAAAUCUUUUUCCCAAACCCUUUUCAGCCCAGUCAAGGCCCCUGUUUGGUUGCUAACGAAUGCCUUAUAUAUAAAAAGAAGGCUUUUGCAGUUAUAAUAAAAGGAUAUCAUCUUCAAACCCUCAAACUAUGUCAUAGUGUCAUAGUCUUGGAGGACAUGUAAUUUAAACCAAUUUCUGAACAAGAACGGGGAUGGGAUUUUACUUGGGAAUCAGCACAAACUCUUUUUGUUAACAUACAAAAAAAUCAGUACGAACUGCUCUAUGAAUGGUACAUGAUUCUACAAAGAUUGAGUAAAAUUCACAUUAUCUGUGGUAGAAAAUGUUAAGAGAUUUGUACAUCUGAAAGCAGAUAUUAGGGUUUUCAUACAUCUGGAGGUUCCUGGACAUAUCAGUCGUCAUCAUUGUCUGGGCAGAAAUCAGUGCAGUAUCUGGGGAAGUGGCAGUCCAUGUUGGCAAUACCGUUUUUGCUCAACAACUUUUCUGAACAGAUUUUCACUGUUUGAAAUAUGGCAACCCUAGCAGAUCUGGAACAUAUUUGGUGGACCUGUCCGUUGAUUAAAAUCUUACGGGGAGAGGUAGUAAAGAUAAUAUUGUUAAUAACAUUUUGCACUUUAUUACAAUUUAUUAAUGGGACACAGAGCCUAGGACUUGCCGAUCAGAAGGUCGGCAGUUCGAAUCCCUGCGACGAGGUGAGCUCCCGUUGCUCGGUCCCUGCUCCUGCUAACCUAGCAGUUCAAAAGCACGUCAAAGUGCAAGUAGAUAAAUAGGUACCGCUCCGGCGGGAAGGUAAACGGCAUUUCCGUGUGCUGCUCUGGUUCGUCGGAAGCGGCUUAGUCAUGCUGGCCAUAUGACCCAGAAGCUGUACGCCGGCUCCCUCGGCCAAUAAAACAAGAUGAGCCCCACAACCCCAGAGUCGGUCAUGACUGGACCUAAUGGUCAGGGGUCCCUUUUACAAUUUAUUAUUGUAUUUAGACCCAGAAAUAAAACAUAAAGAGUUAAUGGGGAAUUUAAUAGCAACCUUUUGCAUGCUUGUUGCAUCACCAUCAUUUAUUAUUUAUAUCCCGCCCAUCUGGCUGGGUUUUCCCUGCUACUCUGGGCGGCUUCCAGCAGAAUAUUAAAAUACGAUGAUUUAAUGGGAAAAAUAGGUCACCACCCACAGUGAAAGAAUGUUUAACAAAAAUCUGGAAGGUAACCAUUCAAGGUAUAAGCUUGCGGACUUGAUGAGAGAGAGAGAGAGAGAGAGAGAGAGAGAGAGAGAGAGAGAGAAGGCAAAUAAGAUGAAAUUUUAAAGAUAAAUGGAAACUCCUUAUUGAGUUUAUGAGGUAUAAAUGUAAGCAUGGAUAGCAGUAAGUAUGCAUAGCAUUUUACUAUGCAGAAAAGCCAAGUAUAAAUAUAAUUAUACUUAGUUAGUUAUUGGUAUGAGCUUUUGUGUGCAUGCACACUUCUUCAGAUACACCUAUUUGAAGAAGUAUGCAUGCACACGAAAGCUAAUACUAAUAACUAACUUAGCUGGUCUCUAAGGUGCUACUGGAAGGAAUUUUUUUAUUUUGUUUCGACUAUGGCAGACCAACACGGCUACCUACCUGUAAUUAUAAUUAUACUGUAUUUCUUGCUAGUAUAUAUUUUGCUAUAUUGUGGAUUUUUUUAUUUAUAUGUAUAUAUAGGAUCUAGUAAAGUUUGUUUUCUUAAAAAACACACACACCAAUAAAACAGUUAAAGAAUAGUUGGGGGGGGGGACAUGACUCUCACAGUCAUUAAACAAAUGCUUCAACGCUGCUGCCCCACAAAUGUGUAAUUUAUUUUGGACUCCUAUGAACCCAUGAUGGUGUGAGUGGGAGGUGGCAUAUAAAUAAAAACGUGGAGAUCCAGGUUGCGAGGAGAAGGAAGAGUGGUGAGAUUUAAAGCUGGCCAUCUUGGUAUCUUUAGAUGCUCUAAAAGUACAACUUGGAUUGUAGCCACAGAGGUGAUUCUAGGUGGGACACUUCACCAUCUUAGAAGCAGACAUACCUUCUCUGGCAAUAGGAUACAUCCUCUGUGCGCACACUCCGUGCUGCUUGUCAGGCUCUGACAGUCAUUCAUAACCAUAUCUUUCGGGACAUUUCGUUUCAUCUCCUAUCACAAGCCCUCAACAAAAGCUUCCAAAUGUCGGGGGAAACAUCCGCACCCCUCGAAGGGGAAUUCGCUGUCCCUCUUCACUCAGGGGAAGAAAGAAAAGAGAACACAAUUGAAUUUUCUUUUGGCAGAAUUGAAUAAUUCCUCCCCCUGCCCCUUUGAGGAGCCUUGAAGAGACAAUUGGCGACAAAUCCAUGGGAAGGGGAUAGCUGUCUGGUACAGUUAAGUGCACCCCAUCUCCCAUGUCCUGCCCCCCCCUUGUCAGAGCCAUUCAGUUUAACUCGAUGGCUUUCUCUGUGCAAGAUGUCCACAUGGUGACGUGCCUUUGGUAACCUCAUCAGACAGGUUCUCCAUUCUCAUAAGCGUACUCAAUAUGUUAUUUCAAGGUGACAUAGAAGUUCAGGGCAAGACCUGACUUCUUCUUCUUCUUUUCUAAAGGCUUGAUGGUUUUGUCAGGGCGUUGAUGGGCAGUGAGUGGGUCAUCCCCUAAAGGGAGGAAGUGUUUCCACAACAUCUCAUGGUUCAAGACAGUAUUGUGAUCGUAGGGCUGGACUUUUGCAGCCUUCUCUUAUCUGCCGUACCUGAAGCUAUUCUCUGACUGAGGGUCCUCAUUUCUGGCUAGACUGAAGUUCAGAAUUGGGGACUGAGAAUUCUCUGGGAAUAACACUGACUGCUCGCAAAGGAUAUGGCUUUGUCAGUGGUGGCACGCUAAUUAUGAGAUGCCUGGCACCUUCAUUAAGAUUUUAUUUUUUUUGUGCCAGGUGGAAACCUUUCUGUUUGGUUGUCCUUGGCCUUUUAGAACUGUGUUUCUGAAGGGGUUUAAAUGCUGCCAUGCUGCUAGUGCUGGUUUAUAAGCCGGAGAUUUACUAGAUUGGUUUUUAAUGUGUUUAACUGUACUCUAUGAAUUCUCCGAGGGCUCUGGGGAAUGGGUGGGCCAACAAGUGCUCUAAAUAAAGAUGUGUGAAAAGGAACCGGGGGUGAGGGUUGGGGGAGAGAAAUAAUGUGUGUUCACAUUACUGUUUCGGAGCACAGCAAAGUUGGGUUUUCCCAUGGUGUGUUACACAGCCCUUUCCCCUUUAGCUGUUCACACCAGUAUGGCUUCGUUAGUGUCAGAUUAAUUUCUUCUUCUUGUGCGACCUUUCGCAGGAGCAAAUGCUUACGAACAACUAGAGAACCCGCGCAAAAUUUGCACAGACCUCUGGUUUGUUUUCCUUGUGUGCACCAUUCUUCGGAUGCAACCCUGUAGUUUGGAUCAAAAGUGUAUUUGGGAUAUCUUGCCAGUGAUUACAAAGCAUGCAUUGAGAAUAAAGCUGUGACCAUGACCAGGAGUACUAACUUGGCCCUGCGAUUGUGGGUGCCUGGGGCCACGGGUGCCAUGCAGCGUGCAUGUCCCUGGCACUGAAAUUUGUGGGUGCCUGGCUCCUUCAUGGGGAAUUUUGUGUGUGCUCAAGGGAGUUGGCACCUAUGGCUAUGACUGAUGCUGUGAGCCUACCAUCAGAUCAUGCCCUGGCAAGCGGGACAGGGAGUGGGGAAUUGGAAACCACCUGAACGCAGUGGCAGCUCUCCUCCAUCUCCUUCGAGUGAGCAUGACGUUCCCUGCAGCUUCUUCCCGCACUGAUCCAGUAGUUUAAUAGAGAAAGGAACCAGGUGGGUGGGCCAAGAUACCUGGUUCCUUUCCACAUAAAGGUUGUAAGCUGAUGUUGAUGUAGAACAGGGUUUCCCAAACUUGGGUCUCCGGCUGGUUUUGGAUUACAGCUCCCAUCAUCCCUAGCUCUCAGGACCAGUGGUCAGGGAUGAUGGGAACUGUAGUCCAAAAACAGCUGGAGACCCAAGUUUGGGAAACCCAGAUGUAGGAAGCAACUACAUAAUGACCUAGUUGCCACAAAGAGCAGCUAAAGUGGUUAAACGUGUUUGUGAACUAUACCGCUUUGAACAUGUGAAGUUACUUCUACCGAGCUAUUGCUCCAUUUAUUUCAUGGGGUGGGGGAAUUGUGCCUUCCAAAAGUUGCUGGACUACAACUCCCAUCAUUCCUGGCUCCAGCUGAUAGGAGAUGACUCCCAGCAUCUGGAGGCCCAUAGGUUUCCCAAGCCAGUUUUUAACUCUAUUUUGUCUUCUUCUGGCCGGCAGCCGCUUUCUAAGAUCUCCAGGCCAGAUGCCUUUCCCUAUACUGUUGCCUGAGAUCCUUUUACCUGAAGGUGGUGCAGAUUAAAAUCCAGAGCCUUUUGCAUGCAAAGCAGGUGGGAAACCACUGAGCUAUGGCCCCUGAAAAAUGUAGGUAAAGAAUUACAUGGUUGAAUGCUCCUCCAUUUGAAGCGGGGGAAAAGGUUAGUGAAAUGUCUCAUCCUGCCUUCCUGGCACUGAAACAGCCAUUCAGGAGCCAGACAAGGAGUGCAGUAAGUGGUGUUGCUACCACUGCCAUGGCAACAGCAGCAUUGGGUCGUGGGGGGGGGCAUUCAUGCACUGGCAGAGGGUGGUCAGCAGCACCAUGCUGGGGGGUCCCUGAAGACUGGUGCUGGCCCUGACUAUGGGCCCAGCUCCUAGUUUAGUGGAUCACUGCUAGAUUGAUUUGUUUUACUGUGGCGUUCAUAUCCAGAAGCUUGGCUUGCAGGAGGAAGGUUAGGAAGGGUGGCUAUUCUGCAUUCGCUUUCUGCCGGUGGUGACCCACUAAAGAUCACAACAGAUGGCAAAGGUUUCCUCCAAAGCAGUUGUGUAAAUCUCGCCCAUCUCCCACCCUCCAAAGAAAGUGCCUCCUAUUGCAGGGGCUGCCGUUUAUAUGCCUUCAGGGCUUUCCCCCUCUUUUGUCAGGGUAAACUUGGCCCUUGCCUACACAGAGCUGACUGAGGAGUUGUGCCGCCUGAGGAACCUGAGUUCUCUCCAAAGCCAGAUUCUCCGGACGCUUGUGCAGGAGCAGGCCCUCAAUGGUGGUGAGUGGGGCAUGGGAGAGGGAAAAGCCAGGGGAGGCACGGGGUUUGGGAGCGGAGGUCAGAGGAAGAAGGAGCUGUGAAAACAUGCCGUUUCUAAAGUGAAACCAGAGGAGUGUGAGUGUGUUUAUGAGAACUGGAAGGGGCCGAAGGCAAGGCAAGUCUGCCCACCAGCCCAAAUUACAAAAUAUAAGAAGAGCCAUGGUGAAUCAGACUAAAGGUCCAUCUUGCUGAGAGGUAGCCAGAGUGGUACCCUUCUGAUGCAUUUCCAAGCACAAUUCCAAGUGUUGGUGCUGACCUUUAAAGCCCUAAAUGGCCUCUGGCCCUGUAUACCUGAAGGAGCGUCUCCACCCCCAUCGUUCAGCACUGAGGUCCAGCGCAGAGGGCCUUCUGGUGGUUCCCUCACUGCGAGAAAUGACGUUACAGAGAACCAGGCAAAGGGCUUUUUGUGGCAGCGACGCCCUCCCUGUGGAACGCCCUCCCGUCAGAUGUCAAGGAAAUAAACAACCACCUGACUUUUAGAAGACAUCUGCAGGAAGCCCUCUAUAGGGACAUUUUUAAUGAGUGAUGUUUUAUCGUGUUUUUAAUAUUCUGUUGGGAGCCGCCCAGAGUGGCUGGGGAAACCCAGCCAGAUGGGCGGGGUUUAAAUAAUAAAUUAUUAUAAUAUUAUUAUUAUAAUAAGCACUUCUUGGCACAGCGCAUAGUCAAAUGAUGGCUAUGCUCCACCUCCGCAGUUGAAGGCAGUUGGAACUGGAAACCACGGGAGGGGAGAAUACUCUUGUCCUGUUCUGGUUCCACAUUUCCCACAGGCCGGCCCCCGUGAGAACAGAUGGACCAUUGGCCGUGAUGCAGCAGGCUCUCUUAUGCUCUUAAGUGACUUCUUACUGAUACAAAUCAGACAAAUGGUGCUGGAAGUGUUUUGCUGGCUGGUUUUGCAGACAGCUGUUUGGGGGAGUGGGGAAAUGCAGCCUCUACUGCUUCUCAGUGUCGAAGCAGGAUCCUUCUCUGACUUGCUCCUGCUCUGUUCCAGGUCAGCGGCACUCUCCCCAUUCGCAGCGCCAUUCCCCCGCUCAGCAGCGUCGAUCUCCGGGUCCUCAGUGCUCGUCUCCAGCGCAGCAAGGGAGAUCUUCUUCUGUCCCUCAAUGCCAGUCUCCGGGCCUGCAGAGACGGUCGCCAGCGCCGCCCCCUUGCCAGUCCCCCGCGCAUCAGCGCCGUUCCCCAGCGCCGCCCCCUUGCCAGUCCCCCGCCUCGCAGCGCCGUUCACCUGCCCCGCUGCCCGCCCAGCCUCCUGCACCGCAGCGCUGCUCGCCGGGCCCAAAUUGCUCCUCCCCCGCCAUCACCUCGCAGCACAGGUCGCCGGGUGGCGAGAGGAGCAUCAUGGAUCUGGCCUACUCCAAACCCUUGAGCCACCACAUCAAGGCGAGCUUCCAGGGUCGCCGGAGCUACUCGGAGGUGAGCGAUGCGGCUAUGUACCAGCAGAACCGCUCCCUCUGGCUGCAGCCGGAAGCUUCCACCUUACCAAAGCACCGUCCCUACGGCGAAGUUUACGCCAGAGACGCCUUCGAGGAGCACUUGCGCUUUGAGAAGCAGUCCUCGGACGAAGACGACUGGGCCCUCCCAAGUCCCCCCAGCCCUGAAGUGGGGGGCAUCCGCUGCGCCUCCUUCUGUGCAGGGUUCCCUAUCCCCGACACCUCCACACACCGGACUGAUGCCUCGUACUCCAGGGCUGAGCAUGCCCAGUCCUGGCCUUCAAUCAAUGUAAGCAGCACCCAGUGAUGUUUGUAUUCCAUCAUUCCAGUUCAAAUGCACUAUCCGGUCUCAUGGAAGAUCAUCCACACAGAUAUUCUUAUCUUGCUUAUUUUAUUUAUAAAUUAAGUUUUGUUUUUGUUUUUAAAAAAAUAUUCAGGGGUUUUUAUAAUGACUAUUUGAAUGGCACAGACAAAAGACUUGAGUCCCCAUCUGCACCAUACAUUUAAAGCAGUAUUAUAUCACCUUUUUAAACAGUCACAAGCUCACCACAGAGAAUCCUGGGAGCUGUAGUUUGUUAAGGAUACUGAGAGUUGUUAGGAGACCCCUAUUCCCCUCACAGAGCUACUACAAUCCCCAGAGUCCCCUGGGAAGAGGGACUGGUUUUUAAAUUGCUCUGGGGGUUAAAAUGGUACUCUUCGGCUUUAAGGGGGCUUAAUACUGUAAAUGGGUUGGUGAAAUAUCGUAAAUGGAUGUUAGCAGUGGUGAGUGUGCUUUAACAUACUGCAAUUUCCCCAGAAAUAAUAUAUCCAGAUUAACUGGGAAAAUACAACGUAUUGUAUUUUGAUGACAAGAACGUCGUGUGUGAGCACGGCAUUAGUUUGUGUGGUUGAGUGUAUAGCCACAUCACCUCUGUAGCAAGAGGGGUGAGGAGCCAUUUUCAGUAUUCCAUUCUGGACAGCCUUCUGAAGACCACAUGACGGGUGGGCGGAGCCACAGGCAGAAGUGGGCAGAGCAACAGAUGUAGAUUCUGCCAUUGUACAGGAGAGUAGUUUCCAUGCACAUUACCAGAUACCUCUCUAUCCUCCAUCCAGAGACGCGAGAGGAUGCGUUCCAGCCAGUCAAAAGCAUUUGCCAUUGGGUGCAAGGCUAGUGAGGUGUGUGGCCAGCGGAGUGGGGGUUUAUGGUUAGGGAGAAUUCUGAGGGCCAUAUAGAGAAACCUGGAGGGCCACAUUUGGCACCUGGACAGAAGUUCCCCUCCCCUACUACAGCACUCCCCUUGUUUUAAUAUUCCAUUUUGUAGGAGGGGGGUGGAGUUUGGGGAUGUUUCUCCAGCACUUAGGAGGAGUGGCAGCAGAGGUCAUCCAGUUGCCUGGAAGAAUCAAGAGGUUUUGGGUCCUCCUGGAGGAGAAGCCAAUGAAUCGUUUUCUUCAUCAAUUGGAAUGAGCAUGAUAUGAUGCCUAGGUUGUGUGCAAGUCUUCCAGUUUUGUUUUAUUUUAAUUGAAGGGAAGGCAUUGGCUGGAGGCCCAUCCGCCUUGCACUACCUAAUUUUAACAGUGGGUGUGGAGGACAAGUGGUUGCUUCAGGUUAAAGGAAAUUAUAUUACACUGAUAAUUGCGUUAAGAAUUAACAGAAGCAAAAACAACAGCAAAUUGGAAAAUACCAGAGGGGGAAUGCGAAAGAGGCCCUUGUGUUGGAGCAUCCGAAGUCUUCUGGAGUAAUGAAACAUUAAGAUAUCAAACGUAUUUUCAUUCUGUAUUUUUAUUCCCAACUUGUCUUGAGUGCUGGUGCUCUGGUUCUCAAAAGUCAUUCAUAAAUGUAAACUUUUGAUCUGAACUCACAGGUAGUUGCUGCUAUAUAGAAACGCACCAUUUAAAUGAAUACGUUGUUUACAAUUUUAUACCUGCGGUCAAUAUAGCAAGCAAUAUAUGAUGCUACUAUAUUAUUAUUUUUUACUCCCACUGGGUUGUGCAGAGGAUUCUAAAAAUCACUGUUCAAUGAGCUGUACAUCCCCUGUGGGAGUUUCCCAGAUACAUCUCCAUGUGCUUUCCCUGCUGCGCUGCCCCCCCCCCUUUUCUGUGACAGAAGCCGAUCAGUUUCCGCAACAAAACAGUUUCCCUUCCACUCUUUAUGAUCAGCCAAGCCCUUCCACAGAGCCACUGCUGAUCAGGCACAUAUUAGGAAGGAUCCAGCUUUUUACCCUCCAGAACACUUAAGAGAUCUACUUUGAACAAGCAAUUAAUUUUCUUAGAUUUGUUUGUUUUAAAAUGAUGUCUUCUCUCAUCUACUUCCUUCCCCGACCUGUAUCCUUUAGUUGCUGAUGGAGACGGUGGACUCUGACAUCCGAAGCUGCCCUCUCUGCCAGGUGGCCUUUCCCAUCGGUUACCCAGAUGACGCUUUGAUAAAACACAUUGAUUCACACCUGGAGAACAGUAAGAUCUGAGGCCUGCACACCUGCCACGCCCUUCCUCUUCCGGCUUCCUUAGUGAGACCCGUCCACCUCACUCACCAGGCCCCCCCUCCCACCCACCCAACUUGGAUGCUGCAUGAAAAGUGGUGGUGCAACAGGGGCUCGCUCUAAAAUACCUCCAAGUCUCCAGUAGACUGAACCGGAAGAAGAGUUUUGCCUCUCCCUCUCCCUCUUCUCUGCCUUGGUUUCUAAAGUGGGUUUCCUCUUCCUCCCGCUCUUGAUGAGUAGGGCCUGCAAUAUUUCUCCAAUGCUUGAACCAGUCGUGGAGGUUGUGGGGACAGGAGGCGAGAAAUGUGCUUCGGCCAGGCUUAGCAGACAGAGCAUGCCGCCGCCGCUCUCCAUCUGAACGCUCAGAACCGAGGGCAGAGGAUGACUCUUUAUCUACGUGGUUCUGGUUUGGGUGUCUCUGGAAGAUCUCAGGGUAGGAGAAAUCUCUCGGGGUUGUGUGUGUGUGUUUUGGGUUGGGGCAGGGGAAAUGGGCUGAGGAACUCUUGGACUUGCUGAGGUGACAGCCUGGCACUCAGGUGAAAGAAAUCGGAAGGUUUCGUUUUUGUGCCCCUCCCGCAAGCAGGAAAGUCCCAAGUGGGUCCAGUCUCCCUGCCUUUUCUGCUACUAAGGAGGACGUUCAGGUCUCACUCCUUGUUGACCAUUAAUUAUCAGACACAGAAAGCCUUGGCCUCCCAACUGCUGGUUCAAGUGUCUUGGUCUUUUACAUUAAAAGCCCACUUUAACGAUGCUGCUGAGAAACAGAGCCAACUUCCAGAGGUGUAGCAUGGAUGUUCUUAUGUUAUUGCACUGGACAUUAAAACACACGGAAGCUUUUUUCUUUCUUUGUCUUUUCCACAAAAGGAGCUGCUCCUCUCCUCCUCCUUGCUGGUCUCUUGUGAGUUGGCACUGGAGGAAAUGUGCACUGCUGACUUGAGUCGAGCUCCAGAAAGCGUCCCCACGUGACUGUCUGUGUUCUCUUUUGGCGACUGUUCUUCCACCUUUCUCAUGAGACAACUUCUCACCUUGCUUUGGGUAGUUAGUUCCAGUAUAACAAGAAGUGUACUUGCCACAUUCUGCGUCACUGUUCUUCUGCAAUGACAGCAUGUUGACACUGUUUUUGACAACUGCAUAAAUGUAAACACCCUUCUCAUAUUCCAACAUCCACUGUUUCUCUUUCUCUCUCUCUCUCUGGCCUUACUGAGCAUAUCUUUCUCUGUACUGAUCUAAAACAAUUGGCAUGUUUCGGUUCUUCUAUCGCUUCCGGUCAUAAGGUGCCUCCAUAUUGUGAGAAGUGUCUCCUUGAACAGCCUGUCCAUGCAUCAGGCUUUGGUAAGACAAAACAAAACAAAAAGGUAUUCUUCUCUUGAGGCAACUGUCUUCCUAUCACCCCGUUCUUUAUUAGCCAAUGUAUGUGCUGAGAUUUAUAGCCUGCCUUAUCCCAAGGGCUCAGAAUGCGCAGUGGCAGACAGGGAUGGGUCUUUGUGGCUCACUGUCCAAUCCAUGUGGGAACUAAGAAGAGAAUAGAAUUUUUAAAAAUGAAAUGUAGAAUAGAAAGGUGUUUUUUUUAAUAGCUCCUUUAUUCCCUCUCCCUUAUUCCCAGAAAACUAUUAGCAGUCCACCCCAGUUCGUUUUUUCAAAGACUUCAGUCCAUCACAAACAUACCAUUUUCCUCUUCUUCCACUUCCCCAUCCACACUAUGAUCUGUCACAAUUGGCAAUUCCUCCUUAGCAUUAUAUCCAUCCUUUUAUUGAGCUCCUCUUCGGUAAACUAGAUGUGGUGGCAACAGACCCAUGUCUUCAAAGGUGAGUUGCUGCCAAGCCACUGCCAAGUGUGGGGUGGACAGGUGAUUUCAAGUGAGGAAGUAGAUGGGCUGCAGGAGAAGAUGUAAGCCCAUUUUUUUGCCCUGUGCUUCCCUUCUGUUUCCCCUCUCCCUGGCCACAUACACCCACACCAUCUUCGUUCAUAUUUGGAACUGGCCUUCUGACAUGGUCAGGCCGCAUGCUGAACAAGAACAUACCCACCUCCUUUGUCAACGCAGUCAAUGUUCUUGGACGCCGGUGCAGCCCUGCACUCCUCACUGUCCUCUGCCCCUCCCACCCCAGGACAGUUAUGGGACUCUCUAGGUCAAGCUGCUUGAUUGAGGGUUCCCCCAAAAGCUGGAACCAACCUCGCCCCCCUGAGAUGCAGUAAAACGGGCGAGGGGAGACAGAACAACUGUUGACUAGGAUUCAUGAAUAUCAGUCCUUUUGCGCUUGCAAGCCAAGUUCUUGGUCUGAUUCCCAGCCCAUCAUUUCCUGCCUGUCCCAAAUAGAGGGAAAGCUCAGUUGGCUAGAGUGUGGUGCUGAUGAUGCCAAGGUUGCAGGUUUGAUCCCCGUAUGGGACAGCUGCGUAUUCCUGAUGAUCCUCAGGGUCCCUCCCAACUCUGCAAUUCUAUGAUUCUGUGAAAGGUGUUUCAUUGGAAGCUGAACCCCAUGGACAGUCUUCAGACCCUUUGUCCGCCCCCCUUCAGUCUCCUCAAAGUCUCAGGGGCUGAACCCUUCUCUGCUUCCCUCUAGUAAGUAGCAGUGCAGAGGGGUGUUUGGGGUGUACUUCCUAUUCAUUACAAUGAUGCCUGCACAGGAGAACUUCCAGUAAGCCAGGUCUGUCAGUCUCCCACUCUGCUGCCCUUUAAUGGUGCCCCAAAUCAACCUGAGGCAAGUCUCUUGCUGUUCUCAUGGUGUGGGCUGCCUCUGCUUCAGCCAGAGCAAGCCCACACUGUCUGCAAUUUAGGGGAGUUUUUAAUCAUGUUUUUAUCGUGCUUUUAAUAUUCUGUUGGGAGCCCCCAGAGUGGCUGGGGAAACCCAGUUAGAUGGGUGGGGUAUUAUUAUUAUUAGCCAUGCAUCUCCCACAUACUCUUAUAACGAAGGGCUCUUAUACCCAUCACAGCUUCCACACGGAGACCCCACAUUUUUAAUUUUUUGGGCUGAGUUGUUGCUACAAAAUGGAUCAGUUCAAAGCUCAGGCAGUACUAUUGAUGCCUCUGCAAAUGGUCCCAAAUCACAAAGGCUCUGGGUAGCAUGGAGAAAUGUUGUGGGCCAUUGUACUCUCAGGCACAACUCACCCAAUGGGGGUCUUUAAAGGGACUUCUGCUUGACAGUCAUGUUGUGUGGACCUUCCCUUAACACAGAACCUGAAAAUUAGCCACGGAAAAAACCUUCAUCCACACAAAUCACAUUAUUUCACAGAUUAUUUGGGGAUUUUCUGAGUAGGAAGAGAGCCACGUUCUGUGGAGCAAGACUGAAAAUGCAUCUCUUCCAACUUGUAACCUUUCUUCCAUUUCUCUAUGUGAAAUCUACCUCAGAGUUUAGGAGAAGCAGGAAUGAUAAUCAAGCAAAAAAAAAAAGAAGAAGAAGAAGAAGAAGGAGGGAGCUGUUGGGUGAUGGGAAGGUGGUUUUUUUUUAUUCUUCUUUUCUGUAGCCUGCCAUAACCUAAGGGCUCAAAUAUUACCCAGAUAUUUUCCUUUGUCCUAAAGCUUCACAAUCUUUAAAAAACCCCAAAACUGAACCAAAAAACUCAAGCAGCAAUGGUAAAAGGGGGCAGCAAUGCCCAUGAAUAUAUAAAAGUAAUUCGCUACCAAGAACCUUCAUGCAUAGUGUGGUGGCUAAGCUGCCGAACUGCAACCCAGAAGGUCCUUAGUUCAAAUCUCAUCUUUGCCAUGGACUCGUUAAGUAGCCUUAGGUAAGGCCAAAGAAAAUCCAUUCUCAUUGUGUCCAUGAACACCCCACCCUACUGAUCCUCUGAGAAAUGCACAGGGAAUUGUUUUAGAAGAAUAUAAACAUGAGGCUGACAAAGAGUAUUCCUGUUUCUUUAUUAGGCACUACUAUUAUGCACCAUGGUUCGUUCUGCAAAUCUGUUGAACAAUAUCUCCCACAUAAAAGUUAUGUCUUUGGCCCUACAGACCAUUGUAAAUGCACAUUUGAGAUGUGGUACUCACACGGCCACCAUCAUAUACCCCCUAGGGUACCAAAAUAAACUCCUGGUUCUGUUUGUACAAUUGGUAGCAUGAGCUGAAAGUUAGAUCUAUCAGUGACUUGGCCAUGAUAGGUAAGCGAUACUUCCAUGCUCAGAAGUAUCACUUCAGAAGUGGUUUACCACGAAUACCACGUCCUGGGGGACAAACAGUGAGAGAGGACUGCUGGUCCCCAUCCCCCCAAAAAUGAAAGUUCCUGUAAGGGACAUUUGCAGAUGGAUGCCACUUUCUUAGUGCAAAUUCAAGUGAAGCGAUGGGGAAAUGUGUCGAGAAGUGUGGGAUAAUAGUUGCUUGAUGCACUAUCAUAUAACUGCCCUACAAACAGGUCAGAAUGAGUGGUCAAUAAACAGCUGACGGCUUAUAGCCUCCCUGCAAACUUCGUGCAAACAAAUCAGGAAGAAUGCUCAAGAAAUGGGUCAUGUGGAAGUGAUCCUGGACUAGGGAGGUCUUAGCAGUGCUUAGAUUGAUCUUUGGGGCAGGUUUUCAUCUUAGCAUGAUGUGUUGACCUCUAAACGUAGUAUCAUCAUCGUGGUACCUUCCUUGUUCUCACAAUGGGCAUGGUGAAAGUAUGGGUGACUCAUUCCACACACUUCACAGUGCAUGUUUAUGCGAGUGUCCUUCCAGCCUCCUUGUUUGUUUUAUGUCUUUUGUUCCAUAUCAAUUCAACGCAGAUACCAAUUGCUAAUACAGAUUAGAAUCUCCACUCCAAAUGCCUUUUGAAAGUGUAGCCCUUUGCUUGCCACUAUUUAUAAUGCUGCUUACAAAACAAAUAUAAAGUUGGGUAAGUGUGUUAAGGAGUAACUGAUUCAUGUUAAGUGCUCUUGUGAACAAGCUCCCCAAUUGCUGUCGCUUAUGACCCCCUCAUCUUUCUCCUUAGUAUUUUUUUUUCCUUAGAAGAAAUGCAUUAUUUGUUUCGUCACUUGUUAGUAAGAAAAUAGACAUCUCUGCUCUAGCCCCCAUCUCUCUAGCUUGAUUGCCCCAAAUGUGAAGAUGCAAGGAAGGCCGCCUUAGAUACUUGGCUGUGGAAAACCCUCGGGAGAGAGAUUGGUCUGUCUGUAUUGUUCCCAUCCCUUUCUUUGGUGUGUGUGUGUGUGUUUUUUUCCUUCUGAAGAGACUCUGUGCUCUGUGAUUCAGAAUAACUCCAAUAAAAGUUGCCAAUUGGUGAACAUUUUCAUUCA